AUGGUAUCUAAAGCCACUUGGAAAUCCCUGGCGAAUCAGUGGGGCCGUGUUCCCCCAGACCUUCUGCUAGAACAAGUUGCCCACCAGAGCAACCAAGUGAGUUCAGGCACCAAAACCAGCUUAAAGCUGACCAAAAGGUAUUCGCUAAUUGGUUUUGUCCAUUUGAUGUGGGGUCAUUGUUGAUGCAUUUGAGCACCUUGCCCAAAAAAGGAAUAUUGGGCAAUAAACUAAAUCAGAUGGAUAUAAUAUAUAUUUUUAUUCAACAAAGGGAUACUCCAUUGGGACCAGUAGGUAAACACAUAACUCUCCCUUCAAUGAGGUGUUUCCAUCUUUUUAACAUAAUCAACCCUUGCUUUUUAUUUUUAUUUUCCCUCCCUUCACCCUUAGAUCCCAGCACAGGUCACAACCAUUGAAAACAUAGCAUUGAAAACAGUUUAAAACAAUGGAACAGAGUCCUAAAACCUAGAAUUUGAAGGCAAUGAUUAGGAACCACUUUGGAUUCUGUUCCUUUGAGGUUCCUUUGCCUCUUUUGCUGUCACGGGACUAGUGGAGGGGAAAUGAAGGGCGGGUCUCCUUUUAUAUUUGGGCUGAGGCUCAUGUCAACUUUCCGGUUUGUUUUCCUAAAAGAGGAACUGAAAAGAACAGGCGUGUCUCAGCAAAAGCCUGACUGAAUUUCACAUAAAUCCCACUGCUAUGUUGUUGUUUUUGUGUGAAAGAAAAAUGCACUUUGAACACAGAUAGAGCUCAUAUCUGGCAUAGGAGGGGAGACCACACAGCUGGUAACAGCUCAGAACUAGUCUACACAAAAUGCAAACUAUACGGGCUAUACCCAUAUAUUUAAUUUCUGCAUUUAUCUCCCACCUUUUUUUGCUCCUUACGCCUCAUUUAAUCCACACAACCCUGUGAGGUAGGUUAAGCUGAGAGGCAGUGGCUGGCCCAAGGUCACCCAGUGAACAUCAUGUCCCAGGGGGAAUUUUAACCCUGAGACUCAUCUACAUUCGUCAACUUAUGACGUUAUAAAUGUGUUAUAACAAUGUGACACUAGAUGGCGCUGUAGAGCUGAAAUCACAAGUCAACAAGAAUUUCUGUUGAGCUUUUUGCAACUUUCAAAGCGUUGCAUAGUAUUUUUUUAUAGCUGGUCUCCCAAGUCCUAGUCAGACACUCUUAACUACUAUACCACAUCGGCUCUCAGUAUGACUGUACCAUUUCAUACUACAGUGGUACCUCGGGUUAAGUACUUAAUUCGUUCCGGAGGUCCAUUCUUAACCUGAAACUGUUCUUAACCUGAAGUACCACUUUAGCUAAUGGGGCCUCCUGCUGCUGCCGUGCCGCUGGAGCACGAUUUCUGUUCUCAUCCUGAAGCAAAGUUCUUAACCUGAGGUACUAUUUCUGGGUUAGCGGAGUCUGUAACCUGAAGCAUAUGUAACUCGAGGUACCACUGUACUGGUGAAAGAUCACCCAACAAAAUGCCACCCCCAUUUUAAAUAUUUUUAUGAUUUCCUGUAUGUAGAAAACUGGACCAUGUUCAUGAAAGAUAAUCUUACUCGGCUACAAGUGAUUGCCAAAGAAGGUUAUUUCUAGCAAGCAGAACAGCUCCUUUGGCUUCCAGUAACUGCUGUUCAGAAGCAUUACUGUCCCUGGUCAUGGAGGCAGAGUACAGUCAUCAUGGCUAGCAGUUAUUCAUAGCCAUAUUCUCCAUGAAUUUGUCCAAUUCUAUUAUAAAGCUACCCAGUGUCUUCCAUAGUUUAACUAAUCAGGUCAGGGAGAAUGGUUCAGCCCAUGAGCCCAGGAAGCAGGGAGGGCAGGUGCCCAGCAGUCAAGUAAAUAAAUAAAAAUACUUAACUAAAAGUAGAAAUAAUCAGAAUAUUCGAAAUUGAAAUGCUUGCUGUGGCCACUUGGAUGAUGUUGUGGCUCAUUCUAGUCAUGCAACUGGCUACCCGACUGAGCGAUAGGCGUGGCUUCCGCAAACUAGCCAAUCGUGUCGCAGGUAGCUCGGUCCAGCCCCACCCAUAAAUCCUGGCUACACCCAUGGUUCAGCCUCGUUAUCACCUUGACAAGCUAUAUUUCUUUGUGCAAGGAGAGAUUUGGUCCCACCCAUUGCCUCCCAGCUGGGAGCAGGUAUAUAUGCAAUGCAUCUCCUGCAGUCUGAAUUGACAGAGUGGGGAAAGCUUCACCACUUGAUUCCGAUUUAUAGUAUAAACUGCACCUUCUUCCUCUUCCUCUUUAUCACUGCAUUAAAAGGUAACUGCAUGUUCUCCAGAUUGCAUUCUGGCAGCACUAACUCUGGUACCAUUUGGUCUCUUACAUAGAGACUGCCCUGUGUUGCAGAACCUGUUCUGCCCGCAAUAUUUCUUUGUGCUAGAAGUGGUAUUAAAGGCACAAAAACGACACCUGGAAAAGAAAAACAAAUAAACUGGUAAUCCUAUGCUUAAUCUGCCGAGAUUUACAUGUACUGGCCUGUUUCCUUUUAUGAUUUUGUUCCUAAAGUACAUGGCACCUGAUCAGCCUGGCUUGAGUUCAAGCUGAGCAUUAAAGGAAAAUAUAGGCACUGUUUGAAGCUGUGGCUGCGAAGGAAGCGAGGAAAGAAUUGGAAAGUGAUUGACAAGUGGGUGGUUUCACCCAUCUAUCAAAGUGGCCCACAGGGGGUGAGGGAGCUCUGGAUCCGGCCCACCUUCAGCAAUCCUCAAUGGGAAAGUGGCCUGGAAUGAGAAUAGUAGCAGCAAGAGGAAUCUGCAAAGACAUGUUGCAUUAUAGAGUGCUGCUGUUCAGAAAUCCAGUAACUCCCUCCCAACACACACACACACACACCGAGGGGAAAGGGAGAGAGUUUUUAUUCACACCAGCCAAGUCAGUGAGCAUUCUGUCCCUGAGAGCACUCUUAGUUCUCAUUGGGCUGUUUUUGGUCCUUUGCAAAUUAGAGCUCUCCCUACACACACACACACACACACACACACACACACACCCCAAAUCACAACAGAUCAGUUUCUUACUGAGGAAUAUUUUUAUGUUCUAAAAACUGGAAAAUGACUAAUGUUAUUAAAUUAACCUACACUCUUGGGGACUCUUGAGAGUCCCAUGGACUGCAAGAAGAUCAAACCUCUCCAUUCUGAAGGAAAUCAGCCCUGAGUGCUCACUGGAAGGACAGAUUGUGAAGCUGAGACUCCAAUACUUUGGCCACCUCAUGAGAAGACAAGACUCCCUGGAAAAGACCCUGAUGUUGGGGAAGAUGGAGGGCACAAGGAGAAGGGGACGACAGAGGAUGAGAUGGUUGGAUAGUGUUCUCGAAGCUACCAGCAUGAGUUUUGCCAAACUGCGGGAGGCAGUGGAAGACAGGAGUGCCUGGCAUGCUCUGGUCCAUGGGGUCACGAAGAGUCGGACACGACUAAACGACUAAACAACAACAACAACACUCUUGAGGUGUGCUCCUCCAGGGACUCCAGCCUUCAUCUCUAGACAGGAGAGGAUUUGCACCAUUAGAAUGCAGGGUUCUGGAUAUACACAUUAGAACUGGUUCUUUGGAGCCAAUGGGGCACUGCUCCAUCAACUUCAGCCUGCCCUCAGCCAGCCCCCACCUUCUGCCUUCUGUCCAAUUCAGAGAGAGGUGCUACCUGUCAGCUUCUUCCUCCCUUUUCUCAGUGUUGCGCUUAUAGAAUUCAGCAGUGAGGAAGAUGGGGACAAAAGUAGAAUGAGUUGCUUUUGCCUGCCCUUGGCUCUGGCUCCCCCUGCUGUUGACCUCCCUUGCCUUCCAAAUUCAAAUGGACACCAGUCACCACUGUAAGAACUUAUGAGUCUCGGGUGUUGCGUAUGUGCAUGCAAGUUCAGUCAAGCACUUACCGUAUUUUUCGCCCCAUAGGACGCACCGGCCCAUAGGACGCACCAAGUUUUUUGGGGGGGAAAUAAAGAAAAAACAAUUAUUUUCCCCCCCAGGCGCGUGCGGGGCCGGCAGCGGGGAGAAGUGCUCUUCUCCCCGCCGCCAGCCUUCAGACCAGGUCCGCUGUCCCCCGACCUUGUGGGGCUGGCGCUGGGGCUCUCCUGAAGCCUGGAGAGCGAGAGGGGUCGGUGCGCACCGACCCCUCUCGCUCUCCAGGCUUCAGCGAAAGCCUGAAUUCGCCCCAUAGGACACACACACAUUUCCCCUUCAUUUUUGGAGGAGAAAAAGUGCGUCCUAUAGGGUGAAAAAUACAGUAAACACUUACCACAGCAGAGAUUGUUUUUACUUGGCAAACACACACACACACUAUAUACACACUGUAAACAGUUGCUUAUAGAAGUCUUCACUCUCUGAGCCCAGAGAGGGUUCUAGCUUUCAGUGUUCUUGCUUACACAAAGUCCGCUGAGUAAGUGCGAAGUCCAGUUGUGAAAAGUCUUGCAAUGCCACAGUUCUCUUGAGUCCAGAAGUCUUCAGUUUCUCCAACUUCCCUCCAACGAUUUCUCUGUACAAAGUCUCCAACAAAUUCUUCUCCAACCAACCUCCCACAAGGAAUGCUGUAGCUUGAGCUCUUUAUUUAGGCCUCACUAGAUGCUAAUUUGCCCAGCAAGAGAGAUAAGAACUCACAAUAUGUCUGCAGCUGCACUGUAGGGGGGGGGAAAUGACAUUUCUGCCAACUUAUGGAGAAUUAACUCUUUCCUUAACAAUGAAACCUGCCUGGAAAUGUCUGGGUGCCAGCCAGCCAUGGCCUUUUCCAGGAUAUUCCAUUCCCUUUCCUAUUUUCCAUUUCUCUCCCUCAGCAGUUUGCAUUCUGUGUCCACUGAGCAUGCUACUUUGGGUUCCACCUACAAAUUUUCUAAAGGUUUUUUAUGGGGUUGCUUCUGCAAGUCUUGAGGUGUGCCCAAGCCUGCUGACGGUUCCCUCUUCUAUGUCAGUUGGUGUCAUUUUGACCACAUAAGCAAUAGCACUCACAACCUAUGUUGUGCCUACGAGAAGGGUUGUAGCUUAGUGGUAGCACUCUUGCUUUGCCUGCAGAAGGCUGUAUACAGUCUCCGGCACUACCAGGUCAGGUUGGAAUGUAUAGAAUAAUGUUAUGGACUGGCUGGAUGCAGAGGAAUGGUGGGAGGAAUCAGCUGGGGAACCGCCAAGGGAACCCCCAGGGGAAGAAGGCUCAGAGCCAAGGGACUGGUGGUGGGAUGAUAAUGGGUGACCAGAGGGAAAAGAGGGAGAAGACUGGGAGGAGGAAGUGUCAAAAGCUGAAGAGGUAACAGGGAGCUUCAUUAACAUGUGACCCCAAAAUUCCAGGUUCCCUGAAAACUGAUGCCAAAGUUUAGUUCUCGUUUUGUGCUGUUUUGUGCCGCAAACCCCACAUUUCAUGCCACCCCCCAGAACAAGUAAUUGACAGCAAAUCGGAGUCAUGGGUUAAUGGCAAAAAAUAAAAAAUAAAAAAAAUUCCAACCUUGUACAAUUGACUCCAAGCAGGUGCCAUAGUUUAGUGCUAGUUUUGUGCUGCAAAUUCAUCGUUUUGUGCCGGCCCUCAAACUGAGUAAUUGACACUCCAACUGGGGUCAGAAUUAAAUGGCGCCAAACCCAACCUUGUCUGAUUGACCAGAGCCAAAGUGGUGUACUGGUUUGGUGCUGUUUUGUGCCACAAACCCCCCUUUCUGUUCUGCCCCCUCCCAAAACUGAGUGGGCUUCAGUGGGCUAAAUUGGCUAAGUGGGGGCUUAAGUAGGCUCAGUUGGUUAAAUCUCCACUUAGCUAACUUAAGUGCUCACCAAGCCCAAUUAAGUGACUAUCUAGCUCACCUAAGUGCCCACCUAGCCCACCAAGCCAACUUAAGUUAGCUAAGUGGGGACUUAGCAAACGUAGCCAACUUAAGUCCUCACUUGAGUCACAGCAGGAGGGGGAGCUGCCCUGGCUUCUUCAGCAGCCUGCCUCAUCUCUGCCUCUUGACCGCCAUCCGCUUACACUUCUGAUUCUGAGCCAGUGUGGUGUAGUGGUUAAGAGCGGUGGACUCGUAAUCUGGUGAACCGGGUUUGAUUCCCCAUUCCUCCACAUGCAGCUGCUGGGUGACCUUGGGCUAGUCACACUUCUCUGAAGUCUCUUAGCCCCACUUACCUCACAGAGUGUUUGUCAUGGGGGAGGAAGGGAAAGGAGAUUGUGAGCCGCUUUGAGACUCCUUCGGGUAGUGAUAAAGCGGGAUAUCAAAUCCAAACUCUUCUUCUUCUGAACUUCACUGACACUGGGUGUUUUAUUGCUGACAGAUAACCAGCCUCAUAUAAGCAACAUGCAAAGAUCUAUUUAAUUGUCAGGAACUGGAGUCAGUCAGAGGUCAGCAAUAAAACAAUAAAGAGAAGUCGGAAGUUUUGGAACUCACAAGGGCAUAUUUUAAAGGUCUAGCAGCCUGUAUUUUCAGGCUUUACUUUGCUGCACAUUUUGUGAUUUUAAAUAUCUGCUGAGGUUCUCUCACCAAAGAGUACUUGCCCCAAGCCUGAAUCUUGGCACCCAGGAAUUCUCCUUCUAUAUACCAAUGUUCUGACUUGGUGUAAGGCAGCUUCCGAUAUUCCAAUAUGUGAAGUGUUGGACAAACAUUCAGCAAAUGCAUUAUGUUUCUGCUGCAGCUAGAGGUCUCACUUUAGCUUUUUAUUAAAUUGCUCAUGCUGUACGUAUGUUCCCUUUCCCCACUUCACUUUCAUUUCCUUCAGUUUAGCUUACGUAGUGCUUUCUGUUCUCGGAUAGCCACUCCCUAUCCAUUAUCACCAACUAUGAAAUAUUACAGUAAGCUAACACAGCAAGAUAGUAAGGCGAGAAGGCUUGGGCUUUCACCUCAGGAGCAAAGUGAAUGGAUUUAAAAGCUGGGAAAACAUCGGUAGUCAACAUUUCACAAGUAAAGAGCACUUUGGCACUGUCGGGUCUGAAAUGAUGGAAAUAUUUUUUUAGCACUAUAAACCUUUCAGAAACAAUACUGUAAAUGUGACAUCCUCUUAACAUGCUUUUGCCAGCGUGGUGCCCUCCUGAUGUUUGGGGCUAUUUUAUUUUUAUUCUUAUUGAACAAAAUUUAUAUACUGCUGGAUUGUAGUAAAACUUUACAAGAAAUAUUAAAAACAUCAAAAAAUAUUAAUUCCUUCCAGUAACACCUUAGAGACCAACUAAGUUUGUUAUUGGUAUGAGCUUUCGUGUGCAUGCACACAAAAGCUCAUACCAAUAACAAACUUAGUUGGUCUCUAAGGUGCUACUGGAAGGAUUUAAAAUAAUAAUAAUAAUAAUAAUAAUAAUAAUAAUAAUAAUAAUAAUAAUUUUGUUUCAUCUACGGCAGACCAACAUGGCUACCUACCUGUAACAAAAAAUAUUUAAAACUUCAAAAACAUAAGAACAGUUAAAGACAAUUUUAAAACAAUUAAAAUUAACAGUAGAAGAGAUUAAAAAAAAUAAUUUAAAUUUAUGAGUCUGAAUAGGCAAGGCAACGGAAGUUUGUUGUUGUUGUUGUUUAGUUGUGUCCGACUCUUCGUGACCCCCUGGACCAGAGCACGCCAGGCACGCCUGUCUUCCACUGCCUCCUGCAGUUUGGUCAAACUCAUGCUGGUAACUUCGAGAACACUGUCCAACCAUCUUGUCCUCUGUCGUCCCCUUCGCCUUGUGCCCUCCAUCUUUCCCAGCAUCAGGGUCUUUUCCAUGGAGUCUUCUCUUCUCAUGAGGUGGCCAAAGUCUUGGAACCUCAGCUUCACGAUCUGUCCUUCCAGUGAGCAUUCAGGAAUGAUUUCCUUAAGAAUGGUGAGGUUUGAUCUUCUUGCAGUCCAUGGGACUCUCAAGAAUCUCCUCCAGCACCAUAAUUCAAAAGCAUCAAUUCUUCGGCGAUCAGCCUUCUUUAUGGUCCAGCUCUCACUUCCAUACAUCACUAUUGUGAAAGCCAUAGCUUUAACUAUACGGACCUUUGUUGGCAAGGUGAUGUCUCUGCUUAAAACAUUAAAAACAUCAAAAACAUAAAAACAGUUAAAGACAAUUUAAAAACAUUUAAAAAUAAUUAAAAUUAACAGUAGAAGAGAUUUAAAAAAAACAUAUUGAAAUUUAUGAGUCUGGACAGGCAAGGCAGUGGAAGUUUAGGACCUGAAUUUUCCUUCUCCUAGAUGGGCUACCUUCCCAGGAUGAUGAGCCCCAUCUGCCUCUCAUUUCCCUCUACAGCUCGGGCAGAAACCGCCUUCUUGACUAAUUGAUCUUGUCCGCUCAAUCCGCCAGAGCCUGUCCUCACAUUGCAGGGGAAGCUGCUAAUUCACCAAGGGUUUGAGACCCAGCGAUCACCUUCACCUGCCUUAACCAGCCAGCAGAAGCCGUUGUCAUUGUGUGGCUGCUUCAUGCUGAAGCCAUAGGUGAAAGCUGAGUGCCAGGUGGGGACCAAAGGUGGACAAACUACCCCAGGGGGAGCAUGAUGUGUCCCACACCAGUGGUACUACCUCUCCCCCAACACCCCAUACACCCCAAAACUCUGACUCAGGUGUAAAUAUAUCUCAAAGUCGCCACAGUCUCCGCAGUGCCUUCUUUCCAAAGGAAACAUAGACCCCGGGUAAGCGCCUAGAACACAUGCAAUCUCACACUGCUGUGGAGACUGGGGGGCAGUGGUGUAGCGUGGGUUGCCAGCAACCGGGGGCGCGUGGAGGGAAGGAAACAUGCCUAACCAUGUCUGCACACCCAGGAGAUCACAGCCAGAGGAAGGAAAGAAGAGUCAUCUGUUGUCUGGAGAGGUCACUACUUGGUUUGCAUAGAGAAGCCAUUUUCAGCGGAGCCCAGUGAUGGAAGUGCGCAGUUGUACUGAGGCAGCACCAGGUGUUGAAAUGUUGCGCCUCCUAACAAUUUUGCUACAGGGGCAACUGCCCCUGUGCCCUCCCCAUGUUACACCACUGUUGAAGGUAGGGCUUAUCAGUUUGCAUCUUAGUAAAGAAAGUAUUGACCUGAUGUGUAGAGAUCUUUCCUAUUCUGCUUAAUUCAAGAGGGUUCUGGAAGCUUCUCUGUGUGAAAGAAACAAGCAGAAGGUUCAUGAUGUUUUGAUUUCUCUCUAUAUAUUUUUAUCCUGCUGUAAAGCACUUUGGGAUCCUUCAUGGGAAGCAACUGCAAAGGAAAUAAUAACGUUGCAAUAAGAUGCCCUCAAAAGACAAAAAUAAGAGGCGCCUAUAUGUUGCAUCUGAUGUGUGUGCAAUCUGCGCACACAGCACUUGAGCUGUAUGUGUCAGUUUGCAUUUCUUAGUACAGAAAGUAUUGAUUUGAUGUGUAGAGAUCUUUCCUAUUCUAAUUAAUUCAAGAAGCUUCUGGAAGCUUCUCUGUGUGAAAGAAACAAGCAGAAGGUUCAUGAUGUUUGGGUUACCUUCAGAGAAGCUUGAGUGCAGAUGGCUUAAACUGGUUCUCUUAUCUCUUUUUGUCAAGGUCAUGCUAACUAUAAUAGUAAGGCCAGAAGGAGCCUGGGUUUCACUUUCUCUUUCUAUCUCUCUUCCUUUUGGUGUGGUGUUCUGUACAGGGUAUGCUUAGUGCUAAGGUUUAGUCUUAUUAUAAGUUACUGUAAGUUUAAGUUAAGUCUGCUGCAACUGGAUUUCUUAUGGACAGUGCCAAUCCUGAAUGUAUUGGAUUUGUGACCAUUAUGCUCAUUUGCCUUCAGUAGCAGUAAAGCUCUGCUGGAUGAAAUACAAUUGCCUCUGGUCCAUUUUUGGGGAAUCCUGCACCGUGUUUAAGUUUUUAUUCUGCUAACUAUACGUUGGGAUUCUACUCUGGAUCAAUAGUGAGCGGAAUUUCCAUGACACCUGUCCUGUGUAAUACAGAAUUGUCCCAUAAUUCAAGGGAAAAUUCUACAUCCUGUAUUGAUACCUGUAUUUCAGGUCUUCUCUCUCUCUCUCUCUCUCUCUCUCUCUCUCUGCCAAGUUACAGAAACUCUCCAAAUGCAAGUGCUUGAAAAGGGUGUGUGAAAGGUCAUGUAUUUAAGAUCUGGGUAUAGCCAAGCACAGACAGAUUUACACAUUCAUGUGCAUAUGUGUGUGACAAAUUCUAAAGAGGCCAUCCUGUUAGGCUGCAAUAGAUUGGAAGAGAUUGCUUUGAAGUCACUUUGCCACCAGAUGAAGAAAAGAAAAAACCCACCCCCAAUCACCCUGUCCUGUAUUUUGCCAGAACAAAAGUGGCAACUCUAGUUGGGGAGGUGUGAAUAAUAAUAAUUGUUAUAUGAAUUCUAGGGUCUUAUAGAUAUAAAGUAAAUGUUCAUAAAUGUACAAGGCAAACACAUACAUAAGUAUAUAAACCACGUGUCUGAAAUAGAACAGGAGAACAAUCCUGAAGCCAUUUUGCCUCUCCCAAAUUGACCUGAAAUAUUUCUCAGCAGGGAGGACGGAAAUGGGAAAAGCUUUCUAAUUGUAGGGGCUUACACCUCCCUGUAAAUACAGUCUGGAAAGUAUCUGUUAAGCUGAGCACACUAUCAAUAUGUGUAAGAGAUUCAGGAACUACUUUAUUUACCAUCUCAAAGGAAUGGACAGACUACCCAGAAAAGGCAAUCAGAUAAGGCAUUAUCAGGUAUCCUGACAGACAGGAGAGAAGCAACACACUCAAAUUUCUGCUCAAAAUAUGGUCUGAAGCUCAACAUAAAAAAAAACGAAGAUCAUGGCCACUGGGCCCAACACCUCCUGGCAAAUAGAAGGGGAAGAAAUGGAGGCAGUGAGAGAUUUUACUUUCUUGGGCUCCAUAAUCACUGCAGACGGUGACAGCAAUCACGAAAUUAAAAGACGCCUGCUUCUUGGGAGAAAAGCGAUGAUAAACCUAGACAGCAUCUUAAAAAGCAGAGACAUCACCUUGCCAACAAAGGUCCAUAUAGUUAAAGCCAUGGUUUUCCCAGUAGUGAUGUCUAUGGCAGUGAGAGCUGGACCAUAAAGCCGGCUGAUCACUGAAGAAUUGAUGCUUUGGAAUUAUGGUGCUCGGAGGCAGACUCUUGAGAGUACCCAUGGACUGCAAUGAAUGAUCAAACUCCAUCCAUUCUUAAGGAAUCCUCCAGCCCUGAGUGCUCACUGGAAGGACGGAUCCUGAAAGCUGAGGCUCCAAUACUUUGGCCACCUCAUGAGAAGAGAAGACUCCUGGAAAAGACCCUGAUGUUGGGAAAGAUGGAGGGCACAAGGAGAAGGGGACGACAGAGGACGAGAUGGUUGGACAGUGUUCUUGAAGCUACCAGCAUGAGUUUGACCAAACUGCGGGAGGCAGUGGAAGACAGAAGUGUCUGGCGCGCUCUGGUCCAUGGGGUCACGAAGAGUCGGACACGACUAAACAACUAAACAACAACACAACUGUGUAACAUGCAGAAAACAGCAUUCUUAAAGAAAUCAAAGACUGGAACUGAGGGAAGCUGGGGUUGGCGGUGGGUGGGUUUUGUGUGGGAGGAACAAUGGGGGAAAAAUAAGGAUGAUAUGUUUCUGGAUAAUAAUAAUAAUAAUAAUAAUAAUAAUAUCUUUAUUGUCAUUGCCCCCUUCGGGGACAACGAAAUUACUUGACUGCUCCAUAAAAACACUAAUUAAACAAUACAGUAUAAUACAGCAAGGGAGAUUAGAUGACUUUCAAAGUCCGGGCUUCCCAUUCAGGGCCGAGAUCGCUCUGGAGAAGAAGCUGUUCUUAAGACGGCUCGUUCUGUCUUCAUCGUCCUGUAUCUCCGUCCCGACGGCAAGAGCUCAAGAGACAGUGACCAGGAUGCGAUGGAUCUUCACUAUGUCCAGUGCCUUCCUAUGGCACCUUGUGGCAUAAAUCUGCUCUAAGGUGGAGAGUGGGCAGCCAACAAUGCUCUCUGCUGCCUUAACAACCCUGCACAACCCCAUCCUGUCUUGGGUAGUACAGCUCCGUACCACACACAUAAGCCAUAAGUGAGCACGCCUCAAUGGCACAGUGAUAGAAGGCAAGCAGCAGUUUCUGCGGAAGAUGGUUUUUCCUUAGUAUUCUCAAAAAGGACAGUCUCUGCUGCGCCUUCUUCACAAGCCCCCUUGUGUUGACACUCCAGGACAGAUCCUCUUGUAAUUCAAUGCCCAAAAAUCUGAACGUUGUUACCCUCUCCAAAUAUGUUUUGUUUUAAUUUUGAAUAAAAAAGUUUUUUUAAAAAAAAUGAAUGUGAACAACAACAACAACACUUUCAACGUUCAAUGAAUAAUAAUACUGUCAGGUUCAAACUGCGUUGGGCCAAGUAAGUAGCACCCAGAACUCCUAUUCGAAAUGUAAACGGGGCGUGGGGGGGAGGGGUGUGCGUGGAAUGUUGACAGAGCCACGUCUUCGGAACCCUCCUCCUCAUUGGCUUUUCAACCGCCUCGCGCCCCCGAAUUCGAUUGGCGGCCUUCACGUGCCGAGGGCGUGGCGUGGCUUCGCCGGAGAGGCCUUGCGGGGCUGGGCAAACCGGCGCUCGAGGCGCGGGCGAGCGCGCGCACGCGGCCAUUUUACCUGACCCGCCUCCUCCUUCGGCACGUCCGGAAAAGGGGGGGGUGGGGGUUCGCUCCCGGCCGGCCUGGUCUUGUUUCGUCAUAAAAGCGGCUUGAGGGAGAGAGAGAGAGAGAGGGCGGGGUCGGCUCCGCAGUCGGCCGCGUAGCCCAGGAGGAGGAGGAGGAGCAGGAGGCGGCAGCAGCGGGGUCGCGCGGCGCGAGUCAGGAGGCCGUGGCGGGCCGGGAGAAGCGGACGGCGAGCAGGAGGAGGCUGCGGGGAGCGGGCCGGGCCGAGACCCCUCGGGGUCGCCGCGGGUUUGGGUGAGUGGUGCCUUUUCCCCCCCUCCUCUCCUCAAAAAAUAAUAAACCUUCAAUAAAUAAUAAACAACAUGCGCUGGGUUUGGUCUCGCUCCGCGCCUGCUCACCUUGCGCGCUCUCCUCGGGCGCAGUCCCCCCCCUUUUUUUUUUACAUUCCCUUUUGCGCACGGGCGUAACGUGGGAACCGAGGAACCCGUGGCAGCCUUUGCGCUGCUCGCCGCCUGUCCCCGUGCAUGAAUGUAGCCCAGGUUCGCCGAGCUGUCAUAUAUAAAUUCAGGAAAUAAUAAUGCCAGGCCUUCCUGGCAUUUGCAUCCUAUGCCCGCCUUUAAAAUUAUUAUUAGGUAUUUCGUGGUUUUUACAUCUUGAUUUUAUUCUAUGAACCGCCCUGGGUAUAGGGCAGUAUAUAAAUUUAAUAAAUGUAAUAACAAUUAAUAAACACCACCCAAUGUCAUCGUCACUAAUCUGACUCAUCUAUCACUAGAGCUCCUGGUUGUCUUGCUGAACUGUUUACAUUCUUAAACAUUCAUUUAUUCAAAAUGUUUCUAUCCUGCUUCUAGGGCGGUAUAUAAAUUCAGUAAAUAAUAAUGUGCUACUAAUAUUAUUCUGUAUUGGUCACUUCCCCCGCCCUGAUGUCGCUUGGCUAGGAGGUGGGUCUAUGGGCUCUCUCUUUCUCCAUCUCCUUCACAUACACACCUUUAACACACACACACACGUACUAUCUCUGAAUUUAUUUUCUGGCUUGUCAUAGAUAGUCUUGAUAUCUGCUUCCCUGUGUUGCUGGUGCUUAUAAUCUAAACUCUGAAUGUCAGGAUCUAGUGCCAUACGCCUGAUAAAUGGCAUCAAUCUGAAAUGAAUUUAUUGGGGCGUACAUGAAGGCCUGAGGUGGGGGGAGACCUGGAGCAAUGAAGAAGAAAUACCUGUCCCCGCCCCUGAUUUUUCUGUUGUUUUUCUUUCCUGAUUUAUUUAAUAAAAAAGGCACACAGUACACUGCUAAUUGUUGAAAACCUCAACAAAUGAUAAUUAUAUCGUUUUAUCUGUUUACGAACAGUUAAAACAAUAAAACUAAAAGUUAGCAUUUUUCAAAAGCAGGUUUGGGGGAGGGGCUGGAAAAAAUGGGGGAAACUGAGGGUGGUUUUUUCCUUUCAGUUUUUUCUCUCCGCCCCCCCCCCCGCCCCAGCUUUUGUGUCAGUGAGUGCUUCAACAUCAGUUGGUGUAUCUCUCAUUUCUUGGGUAGUUAUGCAAAUCCAUCAGGACUUCAUAUCAAUAAAAACGACAAAAGAGGCUUUAGCACUUUAAAGUCAAACUAAUGUUUUAUGGCGUAAGCUUUCCUUGACAGAAGUGGAGUUUAUGGAGGCAUAUGCCAUUUAAAAAUGUUUGGACUUUAAGGCGCUACAAGAUGUUUUGUUUUUGCUGCCAUGGGCUGACAUGACCUCCGGAAAUUCAUGUCAGUGUUGGAAUUUACUUUAUGGGUGCUCACUUUAAACUUCUAAAAAGACACAAUAGGGUGUUGAAUACAGUUUAGUGUUGUAUGAAUGAGCUUUGGGCUCAUGUGCAAUGCUCUGGUGUGGUGAUACAGAGAAAACAAAUGAAAGUUUUUGCUUAGCUUUAAGAUGAGCACAGUUACUUCUUAUAUCCAAACCCAGACAAUGUGCUGUUAGUCAAACUGUGGUUAGUGGGAAAGCCAACUUCACACCAUGGUUUAUGAAGUUGGCUUGUUUCUCUAAACCAUAGCCAAGAAUAACCACAGUUCUCAGAACAGGUAGACUCACAAUUAACUAGAAGUGAAAGUGAAAGUUUCUGAUCAUCUCAAGGCUCUUGGGGGGGGGGGGACACAAGCCCUAAACAAGCACAUAGCCCUAAACCAUAAUUUAGCAUUGUGUGUGAACCAGAUGCAGAUCUAUAAAGUGAUCCUAAGCAGUUAAUUCUAACAAGCUUUCUAAAGCUGUUACCCAUCAAUUUUGUUCCUAUUUUGAUUGCUAAUAAAUAAUAGUUGUUAUAAAGUAUUAUAAAAUGUGUUCCGUGAGCUUCAAGUAAUUAUCUAGCAACAGCCUUGCAGGAUAGGAUAGUAUUAUCCCCAUGUUGAAGAUGCAGGGGUAAGGUUGGAACCAAAGUUUCCCUUAAGUACUGUGGGCAAACUUCAUAAACACAUGUCAUCGCCAUUUUCCUGUAGUAUGAAAUCAGAACUUUUAAAGAACUUGGUACAUAAUGGGCAUUUCCAUGUUCUAGGUCUUGAGUGGCAAGGCUUUUCGGGGUGGGCCAGCUAGACCAGCUGACGUGCAUAUGAAUCACCUAUGCCAGAUGAAUUGGGAAAGAUAUAAAUGUUACAUUCUUUCAUAUUUUACAACACUUUAAAAACAACAACUGAGGAAGCUGCUCUUGGGAGAUGUGUACUAUAUCUAUGCUCUUUUAAAACAAAUGACAGCAUUUAUUUUUGACAAAAUAAUCAUGGGGGGGGAGCUGUUCACAAAGUGGGGACUGUCUCAACCUUUGUGUUCUCCUGUGCUUGUCAUCCUCACUUGGAGAUUAUUUGACAUGGUCAGUUGGCCCCUAUAGACUCUACCUUGUGAUGUUUGUAAAAGUAUUUGAUAGCCCUCUCAGAUUCUACCUAUUUUGUCCAGUUGGCUGCUUAUAUCUACAGUGGUAGGCAGAACGGAAUGUGGGCAGCAUAGAAACAAAUCAUGAGCCUUGUUUGGACAACACAAGCAGCCAGAUUCUGGCUUGUGUAAUCCAUGACAGGGGAGAAGCACUCCAAGAACUCUUGGACAACAUAAACUAACAUGCUGCUCAUUCACAUUAAACCAUGGUUUAUGGUGAUAUGCAAACUGGGCCAAUAAAACGUGGUUAACAAAAUGACUUUACUGAAUAUGCUGUACCUUCUAACUGUAUAUUUUACUUGGUUGUCUUAAAGGAAUUCUUUGGAAUUUGUAGGAAGUCCCUCUAGCAACAGCAAGAAUAGUUACAGCCACUUAAACGAUAGGCUACCCAACAUACUAAUAUUAAAGGAAUGAAUUCAUAAAGUGUAGUGUAUAGCCUCAAUGAUAAAGUUAACAAAACAUAUUCAUUUGCAGGAAGGUAGAUUAAAGCAGCAUGUCUUUGAUACAUUUGGUCAGAGCAAGUAUUUUAACUUGUCAGACAGGGUAAUCCUCCUUUUCUUCCCCUUUGCACUAUUUUGGGAGUUCUCCUUCCCCUCAAGCCAAUUUUAGAAGGCAGGAUGCCCUGUUGCACAAGUGAAGUUUUUGCUGACAGGACUCAUUAGUGGAAUCUCAUCCCCCAGGCUCCACAUCCCUGGUUUAGGAGGUUAAGGGUGGUUCCACUCUGUUCAUAAAAUCAACAUGAUGAUGUGUUAAGAAUACAGGUGUCACACCUCAAGCAAUAAGUCACCUAUUUCCUGUGUCGCAUUCUAGGCGUGUAUACCUAAACUGAGAUACCUUUGCCAAAACUGUACUUCGGAAAAUGGAACAUAUCAAUAGAUCUGUGAAUUUGUCUCCUCUUGAGUUAGCAUACAUUUUGCAAUUUUUUACUGCAUUAUAUUUGCCAAGCCUGUCGGUUGAAAUUCUAAGAAGCUGCUGAUGCUAUUAUGUAAAUUCAAAAAGGAAGCCUCUUCUUACAGAGAACUGACAUUUUUAUCAUUCUUUUCAUUCGAGUAACUCCAGCUCAUACAUGAGUUACCCCAUUUUGUCCUCUCAACAACCUUGUAAGUUAUCCUAGUCUUACAGAAUUUCAGUGCCCAAGGAAUGUCGCAGUUCAGGUGAGGAUUUGAUUUGAGGCAUCUGUGGUUAAGUUGUCAGUGACCACUGCUGGUUGUGUUGCACUUUGAUGCCAGUAACGGGCAAGGCAUUUGCUCAUCUGAUGGGGAAUGCUUGUUGGGUUAGUAACCAAACAGCUUUUUGGCUUUGCUGUAGCAAGUGGCUUCUUCAGAAUCAUGGAAUCACUGUGCUUUCUUCUUUUGUGUUGGUUAUUGACUCUCAAACGCUGAACACAAUGGUAUUGGAUUUUUGCUUCUUAAUGGAAGAGGUCAAAAAAAGGAGAAAUGCUGACUUGCACCUUAAAUUCUAAUGACAUCGCUUUUCUGUUACAGGUGAAAAUGCAGGAAGCGGAUUUAGUUGCAAAAAUGCUCCGAGCUGUUCUACAAUCCCAUAAACAUGGAGUACCCUUUUCCCGUUUGCAAGCAGAAUAUAAAUCAUUAACUGGAGACUUGAUUCCCUUUAAGCAGCUGGGACAUUCUAAUUUAGAAGGAUAUAUAAAAAGCAUCCCUGGAGUUGUUAGGGUUGAAAUUAGUAAAGCUGGUGAGGUAAGAAAUGCAUACAGUGCUUCAUAAUUGUGUGUGUAUUUUGGCUGUAAAAUGUCAUAGAAUCAUAGAAUCGUAGAGAUGAAAGAGACCCCGAGGGUCAUCUAGUCCAGCCCCCUGCAAUGCAGGAAUCCUGACCACAACCAUCCCUGGGUGGGCUCGAACCACCAACCUUCUGGUUAAUAGUCACACUGUCCAUUGUGCUACCAGACGAAAGAUUAAUGUUGCUGUAGGGCCUUUUGCUUCUUUACAUUGAUUUUGCUGCAAAUCAAAUAAUGCUUCACCCGGAGCAAAUUUAAUUUGGUUAUGUUCAUUAUAGUGCACAGUUGAAUGUAAUUUCUUUAACUGAAACACCCCCUCCGGAUGAUGGGAAUUGAAAUUAAUGAGAGUUCAUUAUCAUUUGGAGGACCACAAGUCCCCCACCCCACUGCUACAGCAUUUUCACCUGAAGAUCUGUGUGUUACCUCAUGACAGAACCUCCUCUACAAGCAAAAUAUAAACGUUCAACAUUUGAAGGGAAGGGCACUAAAGACACAUCCUUCUUAAACAGACUAGGUAUCAUGUUACAUAUUUGGGAGCCAAAGACAGAAAACAGUGUCCAAAUAGCCAUCGUCUUAUCACAAAUUUUGAUUACCGAAUAGGGUAAAUCAAAAUCUGCAUUAGAAUGAAUUGCAAAGCUUUGCAGGACUUUAGCUUUCAGGUGGCAUGGCAAAGUCUUAUACAGUAUUUUAUAGUGUGUAGCUGACCUGUAUCUCUUACGCAUUGGAUACACUAUUAUUGCACCUUCCCAAAUUAACGUUGUAGCAGUGGGGUGGGGAACCUGUGGUCCUCCAAUGCUAAUGAACUCUCAACUCCCAUCAUCCCUGUCCAUUGGCCAUGCUGGCUGGGGUGAUGGGAGUUGGAGUCUCAACAACAUUUGGAGGACCACAGGUUCCCCACACCUGCUUUAGCACAUUCUAAGCUUCAUGCAGAGAGUCUGAGGUGGCUUUCAAUGAGCAAGUAUCUCCCAUAAAAGUCAUUGGUAAAUGGGUGGCGCUGUGGUUUAAACCGCAGAGCCUAGGGCUUGCUGAUAAGAAGGUCGGCGGUUCGAAUCCCCGCGACGGCGUGAGCUCCCGUUGCUCGGUCCCUGUUCCUGCCAACCUAGCAGUUUGAAAACAUGUUGAAGUGCAAGCAGAUAAAUAGGUACCGCUCUGGCAGGAAGGUAAACGGCGUUUCCUUGUGCUGCUCUGGUUCGCCAGAAGCGGCUUUGUCAUGCUGGCCACAUGACCCGGAAGCUGUACGCCGGCUCCCUCGACCAGUAAAGCGAGAUGAGCGCCGCAACCCCAGAGUCGGUCAUGACUGGACCUAAUGGUCAGGGGUCCCUUUACCUAAGUUUCAUGCAGUGAGUCUGAAGUGGCUUUCAAUGAGUAAGUAUCUCCCAUAAAAGUCAUUGGUAAAUCUGGUUCUCCAUUUUUGGUUUCCUUCUUUCCUUGAUCAGGUGACCUGUCGUGCGGUCAUUUGCCAGGAGACUGCACAGAUUGCUCAGCUUGUUGCCUGCCAGAGAACUUCCCAAAAGAAAACUGGUCGGCAAGUGAACUGCAGCAUGAGGCUGAAAAGAACAGCUCCGUUUGCCUCUGUUGGUAAGUUUGUCAGCUGCAAAACACCACAUGGGUAUAUGCUGAAUUAAUCAACUUCAAACUCAUCACUUGCAGAGCUUCUCUAUCGUUGUGAUUCUGCUGACUGAAAUAAACUACUUACACUCUUGAACAGUCAUGUUACAGGGCAGUCUGCCUGACUAUUCAUGUGUGUCUUGAAACAGCACAUAAGGAAACUAAUACUGGAAAGAAAAGUAGGGACAUAAUUUUUUAUUGCAGAAAGACAAUAGUCUGUGUGCUUUUUAACUGUUCUCAACAAGUUUAAUUGGCCCUAACAAAUCUGUAAGUUGGCUGUUGUUAACAAACCCCUGUUUUUGAGUGGUGGGGUCUGAAGUACUACUCCCCCCCCCCCCCAAAAAAAAAGACUAUAUGGCAUGAGCAAACAUUAAUAUGCUGCUUUAUACAUAGUCACCCUUAGUUGUCUGGCUUAGUUAUCUUUUGCAUCUGUAGCAAUCACACACAGGGCCCCCGGACGUUUGACGGUCUAUUGACCUUGUGCCGCCUCUGCAAUUGCUUUUUCCGCUGCCACCAGCCCGUAUCUCACGGGGACACAUGGAGUCCAGUCAGUUGUUAACAUAAACAAAUAAUCAAGUUUAUUUUUCAAUGCAGGAACAAGCUUAUGGUUUCAGUUAGUUUUUGACAGUUUCUUAAUCUUAGUUCCUAACAACUUCAAACUGAUUAUUCCCAACUAUCUAUCUGACUCCACCUAACAAUUCCUCUCACUCUCUCACAAUACAACUCUACCAACCCACUGCCUUUUCCUCCCUCUUCCUUCGUCAACUCCCAAACCUCACAACUCAACUAACUUCGACUCCCAAACCUCAACUCUCCACUAACUCGACUUCAACAAAAACUUUAAAAACCUCCCACUCUUAACUUUUAUUCCCCUCUUGCAUUCUCACUGGCCAAUCACAUCACACCUAUUUUAACCCUUUCCUUAUGACCCAUCCUAGGAGGCAAACGCCACAGCAUCUUUUUGGUAAACUUAUGAAUUUAUGUUGAAGUGCCCCAAACCAUAGGUAAUCUGAAAAUGAGAGCUGACAUUUUGUGUCUUGCAUCAUUGUAUUGCAGGCAAGCCAAAGGGUACUCUGCGGAAGCCAGGAUUCAUGCAUUUCACAGAAGAAAGCAGGAGACCUGCACUCCCACUGCUGAGAAGCAAAGGAAGCUGUGCUGUUGUUAGGCAAAACAUGAGCUCUGCAUCGUAUCCUCUGCCUCUAGAAUUUGGGACCCCUCUGCAGAAAGAAGUCUUAAAUCAAGGACACAUGACUGUGACAAACAGGUUAGAGUUCCUCUUGUUGGAAAACUUACUGGGUAUAAACCAGCUGAUAUACUUGACACCACUCUAGAAUCUCAUAUGUUCAGGGUGGAAAUGGCCUUCUGAUUGUAUAGAAAACUGUCCUAAACAAAGCGUCAACAUACACUGAAAAUACUAUAUCACUAUUUGAGAGAGGCAAGCACUCUUUUUGCCAUCUUUUUGCCUUUCAACCCUGGGGUUGCUGCCCUUUAUUUACGUUUCCCAUUUCUUUAAAUCAUUUUUUUAUUAAAAGUUUUCAACAUAAAAUUCAAUGAAAGUCAAACUGGCCCAUUUCUUGUGCUUUUAACUGCCUUAUGAAAACUACAAGGGUAGGAGAUGGAAGGAGGAAAGUGUGUCCAACAAUUUUGUAAAUUGGUGUAAAUCUUAAGAGAUUUUGGUGGGGUGAGGGGAUGCAUGCAGAAUUGUGUCUGAGCAGAGUAGCCUGUUUAAAAUGGUUAUGACUCAUUACAUCACUGCAAAAAUCCUAGAUAUGAUAUUGUUAGUAUUAUCAAUUAUUUAUAUACCACAUUUUCUACAAAUUUAGACUCGGAGUGGUUAGUCAUGUUAGCAAGGUUAGAUCAUGUGUAUCUGUGUGUGUGUGUGUGCGUGUGUGUGCGCACACACACUUAGUCUUUACUAAACAAACAUCCAUAGGACCUUUGCACGCUGACUCACCUUUCUCACUUGCCCCAGAUUCUUCUAUGUUCCAGAGGGAAUAAACUAAUGUUUAAAGCUGCACCAAUAACAAACCUUUAGUUUUUCAUGCCUUCUCUCUCCUGUUCUGCAGCACCUUCUGCACACACAUCCUGAUGAUAUGUUACUGUAACUUUGAGAUGAAUGAAAGGUUAAGACCAAGCCUGUCAGUUUGCUCAUUCAGUUAGAGAAGGUUAGGUUCACUCUAUGGAUGUUGUACAUAUUUGAGUGUCUGCUUGUUGUUGCCGAUCAGAAGGUUGGUGGUUCGAAUCUCCGCAAUGGGGUGAGCUCCCGUUGUUCGGUCCCUGCUCCUGCCCACCUAGCAAUUCGAAAGCAAGUCAAAGAGCAAGUAGAUAAAUAGGUACCGCUCUGGUGGGAAGGUAAACGGCAUUUCCAUGCGCUGCUUUGGUUCGCCAGAAGCAGCUUAGUCAUGCUGGCCACAUGACCUGGAAGUUGUCUGCAGACAAACCCCAGCUCCCUUGGCCUAUAGAGUGAGAUGAGCGCCGCAACCCCAGAGUCGUCCGCGACUGGACCUAAAGGUCAGGGGUACCUUUACCGUUACAUUGAAUAUGGAAUUCUUGAUGAAGACAACACAUACUACCAGGAGUGAAAUACAUGAUUGUGGGAACCUACUGUGAAGUAUUUGUGGGGCUCACAAGUUCCACAAGUUUAUUAGUUUUUCAAAUUGAGUAUCUUAGGAUGCAGCACUUUCAACUAAUAUCAAACAAUGGAGACAUUUGCAACAAUUUCAAGUUAUACACAAUAUAUUUUAAGUUUGUACAGUAGUUUUUUUAUGUAUUAUUUAUAUGCAUUAACCCGAGGUAUGACUGUACUAGUUUACUGAAUUUAAUGUAUGCAUUUGCAUUAAACCAACUAUAUAUAUGCAACUUUUACUCUUCUUAAGGCUAGGAAGACUGGGAUUUUUCAUAUGUCUUUCCAAAAUUAUUUGCUAAAACUAUUGAAUUCAUAUUCACUGCAGAAAAAUUCUACACUUGGGCCAGUGAUAUUUCUCUACUGCUUUUUUUAGCAGGAUAUUUAUGUCUAGAUCUACAGUAUACAUGAGCGAAAUGGCCUGUAAAAAGUAUUGACGAAUUUGGGCAUAGACCGAUUUAAAAUAUUGUCAGUAGCCUGUAUUGUGUUGUCAGCUGAAACAGUACUGCCCCAUUACUGCAUCCUUAACAAGAAAGCGGAUGGUUUUGAUGCUGAAAUUCUGCUGAUUCAGUAUUGUACUUCAGCGCCCCCACCCCAGCAUCCCUAAUUAUUCCUUUGACUGACUAAAAUCCAACUUGGCAAGCUCAGCUGCUGUACCAUCACUUCUCUUCAUGCAUUGUUUGUUGCUGUCAUGGGUCAUCAAAUCAUGAGUCAGAUAAUGUUCUUGCUUGGUCCAUCAUUUAGUUUAUCUAAAUUUCGGAAUGGUUUGAUUGCCUUCAUAAUCCUCCCAUUGUGUUUGUAAUGCACGGCUAGGAAAAGUAGCUCAUGAAAACUGCUUGUUAGAUUUCACAUCACUUUUCAGGCAAUUAUUACAUCCCAAAACCUCUCUCGUCAAUUUAGAGAGAGAGAGAGGUUUUGCCAUCAGACUUAACAAUAAUAAUAAGAGUACAGAGUAGUGACCUAUAUAAGGGCAUGCAUACCCAGAUGGGGCCAGGCUGAUCUUCCCUCUCUGCUAGUGUCUGUGGUUGAAUAGUGGUUGGUGACUGUUGUGCCUUUGGCUGACGGAUGGGGCCAGAAUGUCCCAUCUCUGCCCACCCCACCCACUAAGCUACUGCAUUCAAAGAACAAUUGACAGUUGGAGCCGGGUAUUCUUUCUAGUGGAGAGGGAAGGUGGGAGGCAGGGAGUGCCUUCCGGCUGCUCCUAGUCUGGCCCAUAGAUGGGACCACACUGGUCUCCCCCCUUGCCGCAAUGUUCUUCUGGCAGGCAAGAAGAAAUAGACCGUCUCAGUGGGUCUAUGUUCCCCUGGGCACUCCCAGACUCCCCCAACUUACCUUUCCUUUGCCUCUGCAGUCCCAGGCCAACUUUGGCCCAUUUGCCUGGGGGAGUGUGUUUAAUUGCCCGAGACUUCUGAAUAGGUAACACGUCUUCAUUGAGAUGAAAAGUUUAUUAGAAAUAGAUUCAUUCAGUCAGUCUAGAGUCGUGAAUAUAGAUACGAGAAGGAAUAACAGGAUGGAGCAGAUGUGGGUGGAACUUCGUUAGGUAUGCACCAUUAUGGCAUGAAACAUGGAGUGGUUGCUUGACCUUGAUUCCCCAAUUAAUUCCUCCAUGAUCAGGCUUUAUUGUUGCAUACUCCACAGAACGAGUGGUAUUGACCAUGUGGGACAUACCGUAUUUUUCCGUGUAUAAGACUAGGGGUUUUUAACCAAAAAAUUAGGUUUCAAAUUGGGACUCGUCUUAUACACGGGUAGUGCUGAGGGGUGUUUUCUUAAUCUGGAGUCCCCCAAAAUAGGGGGUGUCUUAUGCAUGGUGGCACGGAAAAAUACGGUGUGUUUGAAUGCUCUCCCGCAAAAUGUCCUAGCAAGCAGAUUUAAAACAAGAAGGAAAGGGGCCGGUUCAAAUCAUUGUUAUAUAGCAAGUGGCCCGUGUAUUUAUUAAACAAUGUUGCAGAUUUGACCACUAAGCCCAAGGUACAAGUCAAUAAACUCAAUUUAUCCUCGUUUCAUUCUUUUCAUUCUUCUUUCAUUCUUUACCCAGGCCUUACACCUACUUGUCACAUUGUAUAUAUGUUUUCCAUAUGUAUUCUUUUUUACUCAUGGGAAGUUCUUGUUUAAAAUGCCCCCUUUAGGUCUUUUUUUUUUUAAAAGACAGGCAUGUUGUGAGAUUCACUGGACAAAAAAAAAAUACAAAGAAAAGACACUUUAAUUUGACAUAUCUGGUAGAAGCCAACCAUUCAGCUUUGAGAUUAAAAUGUAGCACAACCGUAUUUAUAUUCAGGUUAUUUAAUGCUAACCAAGUUAUUCCUGAAUUUGUCCCAUGAUACUGUUUUGGGUGAGCUGGACCCACUUUCCGUGCUCCUUGUAUGAGGAGGUUCAAGUAUUGGCAGCACUAGGCUUCCAAAAAGAAAAGGAGUCCCUAUUGCUCCCUAAGAAAAAUGCAAAAAUCAAGUUGGAUUUUUAUUAGCCCUAGCCAAAAUAGUCAGUAGAUUCCCUAGAAAACUCCGUGUUUAAGCAAAGCAAUGAAAUGCUGACUUGCUGUUUAAGUUGCAGUGAGCAAUCCUAAAAUGGCAUGUAAAAGGAGAUAUCACCUAGUAGAUCGCAGUCUAAUUAAGUCUGCUAUGCAGCAUUUGGAGCUGCUGUGACAAUCACGGCUGAACUCCCCUUUUUGAAAACAUGAAAUCUAGCACUCACCCAGAGAAGGCUGGAGGCUUGACUUGUGGAGAAGUCAAAAGCCUUCAUUUUUACCUUUUAGUUGGCCCUAGUAAAGAUAUCCCCAGCUGUGGAAUUCACCUAAAUUGAGCCAUCUAGUGGUGAGAUAUGUUUUGUUUGUGAAGGUAAUAAAUGCCUCUCAAAUACAACCUUUCCUGUAGUGGAUUUGCUGUGUUAGUAGCAGAUUAUAAACUGUAAAGCAAUUUCAGAAAUUCUGGGAUAAGAUGGAAUCUCUAGGGACAGUGUCCAGCACUUCUGCUGAUUUCAGUAGGCUUAUUCAGUUUAUGCUUGUGGAUCUUAACCAUUGUAUCUGCUAUGGGUCUAUUAGAAGGAAAUACUGUAGCUCAAAAGGACAACAUGACAAAAGCCAGGUACAGAAGUGACUUUUCAACAACUUUGUAUGCAAACAGACCUGUUCCAAUGUGCCUAUUUUUCAAUCUACAAAAUGUGCUGCCAGACUUUGUGGAUUUUGCUAGAGAAAGGAGUCAAUUUGCAGUUCUGGCUUGCAGAAUAUAUAUGAGUUUGCCAUCCAUAACAGCUUCACGUAGAGUAAAAUGGUUCUCUUUUAUUUAAUGGGAUGAUUGUCCAUAAGCUUAUCUGUGCAGAUACAAGGACAUGGCAGCAAGCAGAUGCUUUUACAGUGGUACCUCGGGUUACAUAUGCUUCAGGUUACAUACGCUUCAGGUUACAGAUUCCGCUAACCCAGAAAUAGUGCUUCAGGUUAAGAACUUUGCUUCAGGAUGAGAACAGAAAUCAUGCCGCAGCGGCAGUGGGAGGCCCCAUUAGCUAAAGUGGUGCUUCAGGUUAAGAACAGUUUCAGGUUAAGAACAGAACGAAUUAAGUACUUAACCCGAGGUACCACUAUACUUAUAUUGAACAUAUUAGCUUGUACUUUUGAAAAGUGCAAAUCAAAUCAUAGUAGUUUGCUUUGGGAUUUUUAGGCUUGAUAGAAGAGCAACACUUCCACCACGAUUUCAGAAGGAGCUUCAGGGUCACCCGUCAAAAAACGUACCUGUGGACUUCAAUGGUAUGUUACCAGAGGGCCACAAAACCUUGACUGCUAAGCCAAGCCACACUUCAUGGGUGGGCGGGUGGUUUUAUGUACUUAAACAGAACUCAUGGUAAAAUCAAACAUUUUGGUGUUCAUGCAAGCAGUUCCAUUGGACAUAAUUCUGCUCUUAAUACCUAGUAAGAAAAUACAUAACUUGGCAAGGUAAUGUAGAAUGAAUAGACGUGGAUUAUCAACCAAGUAAACAUUUCCUAAAAGCACCAACCGUUUCAGUAUAUACUUCUUAGACUGCUCCUGUGCUCGGUUAGUUAGGAGUAAGCUCAUUUAAAUUUGUGGUUUACUUCUGAGUAAACAUGAAUAGGAUGAUGCUGUAAAGGACAUUGUUAAACAAAUGCUUAAAAGACUGUCCGUUCUAUUGGAACACAACCUUUCCACUGGUAAUUAAAAGCCAAAGUAUCUUUCCAAAGUAUUAUGAUUGUACAAUGUUUGCUCAUUGUGAGCACCAUCAAAAGAGAGAGAGAGAGAAGACCCUUGCCCAACCCUGCAAUAUUAGUUUCCUCAUUCACCUUUUUAAGUGGCUAGGUGGUUUCCUUUUCGUUUAGUCUAGCUAUACUUGAAAUAUCUCAAAGCUCAGUAUGAACUGGGAUUGAAAAUACUUGCAAGCUCAGAUAAAGAAAUGAAGCUCAAACAUAUUUCCUACAAACUUGAUAUUUACCGUAUUUUUCGCCCUAUAGGACGCACUUUUUCCCCUCCAAAAAUGAAGGGGAAAUGUGUGUGCGUCCUAUGGGGGCGAAUGCAGGCUUUCGUUGAAGCCUGGAGAGCGAGAGGGGUCGGCGCGCACUGACCCCUCUCGCUCUCCAGGCUUCAGGAAGCUCUGCGCAACCCUUGGGAGACUGGCGCGACACCGGUCUCCCAAGGGUUGAGCAGAGCUUCCUGCAUUCCAAAGCCUGGGGCGCGCUGAAGAGCGCGCCCGGGCUUCGCGCAGCUCUCCGCAAGCCUGGGGAGACCGGCACGACUUCCCGCCGGGCUCCCUAGGCUUGCGGAUAGCAAGCUGUUCUGGGGGCUGGGGCUGGGGGAAGCUCGGGCUUCCCCCGCGCCAGCCCCACGCCUGGGGGGGGGGGGAUUUUCUUUAUUCCCCCCCCAAAAAAACUAGGUGCGCCCUAUGGGGCGAAAAAUACGGUAGCCUGGUUAGCUUUAGCUUUAGCCUGGUUAGUUUCCCUAUUGUGUCAUCAUCUUUAGAGCGUUCACUCUAGGGAGAGACAAAGGAAGGAACCUUUGACAGAGCAGGAAAGAACAGUUGCCAUGGUGAUGGUUGCCAGUAUAUUUUUUAUGUUAAGAGGAUGCCCAGCACAGAGAACUCUUCCAUAGCCAUCUUCAGUGUAGUGUCUCAAACAUACUGUUGUUUAUAUGAAUAUGUUAACAGAUUGAAAAAUUAAGCCAGUGUUCUAGACUAUUUAACAUUUGUAUAUUUUAUAUUUGUAUAUUUAUAACAUUUGUAGCUUUUAUAUUUAAUGUUUAAUAUUUUAAAAGGAAAGUUUUAAAAAGCUAGCUACCAGCUUGGAGGAUUCCGGUAAGAUUGUCAUAGCCACCAACAAAAAGGGAUUCAGCUAGUUGCUACAGUGGCACUGUGGGUUAAACCACAGAGCCUAGGACUUGCUGAUCAGAAGGUCGGCGGUUCGAAUCCCCACGACAGGGUGAGCUCCCGUUGCUCGGUCCCUGCUCCUGCCAACCUAGCAGUUCAAAAGCACGUCAAAGUGCAAGUAGAUAAAUAGGUACCGCUCCGGCGGGAAGGUAAACGCUGCUCUGGUUUGCCAGAAGCGGCUUAGUCAUGCUGGCCACAUGACCCGGAAGCUGUACGCCGGCUCCCUCGGCCAAUAAAGCAAGAUGAGUGCCGCAACCCCAGAGUCAGUCACGACUGGACCUAAUGGUCAGGGGUCCCUUUACCUUUUUACAAAUGUGCUGCUGCUGGACUAGAACAAUGGCUUUACCGUGUAUCCUUUUAAAAGAAGAAAUGCUGUCUUCCAAAAGUUUGUGUUCUUGCUUUUCAGAAAAUGCAAAAGAAAUGAGACAACUCGUGCCACUUCAGCCUCCUUAUCCUUCAAAUACCGAUAUAUAUGAGAUUCAGAGAAGAGUUAAAGAGAUUCUAAAUCAAUGCAGCAAUGGAAUAUGUUUAUCAAAGCUACCGUAUGUGUACAGAGAGACUUAUCGGGAGGACUUAAAUACAGCCUUGCUCCCUCAAUUUGAGAACUGGCCUCACAUUUGUGUGGUAGGUGUCAGCUUUUACCAGAGUGGAUAAGAACUGGUUUAGACAAAUCCCAUUUCUUGGUUUGAAUAAUAUUAAAAAAAAAAAUCAGGUAUACACAAUAUCUCAUUAAAAAUGGGUUUAACUGCAAAUUUUAAUUUAAUACAAAAAGGGCCUACACAAUCCCAGCUAAAAUAUGACUCUCAACACUGAAUUAAAUGUUGCUUUUCUAUGUGGAACCAAGAAUGGUGGCCAACUGCUGAGGUUAAGCAAUAUAAAUGAUGCUAAGGCUGCAAUCCUCUAUUAUCUAGCUGGCCACAAAGGAUCUGUGGAAGUUUCCUAGUUAAACAGAUACAGGCUCAAAUACUUAAGUUUGUGUUAAAUCUUAAUACAGCCCAGGAAGGCAUAUAAUUCAUUUUGGAUGUCUUUUUGACCCCAGUCAAGAAUGCAACUUGGAAAUAUCCCAUUUUCCUUUUUGGCUAAUAAGUACUAUCCUUGCUUCUGGAAAGUUCUAGACACUCACCCCCCCCCCCCCAGUUGUAGACAUGUUUACUCAGAAGUCAAUCUCACUUUAUUCACUGGGAUUACUUUAAAAUGAGUGUGCAUAGGAUUGCAGCUUUACACUUCAAGAUUUUUUCAUGUGCAAAGAGAAGUAAAAUAUGUAUGCAGGUGUAACUUUGCCGCGUGAAGGCUUUGUGGGUUGUAUAGCCAAAGGGCUUCAGUUGUGUUCCUAGGGUUGUAUAAAGGCUUUAUUCCAGCCCCGUUCAGGCAUUCAGUUCACACAAUCAGCUGUUGUGUGGAGGGGGAGAGCACGGCUACAUCCACUGGUUCUGUUGGCCCUACUGACCGUACGUCAGCUAUAUAUAUGCAAAAUUGUGUUAUUUUUAGAAUAUGUGAAGAUGGUUUUCUUGUGUUCAGAAAUGUUUUUGCUUUUAAAACCUGUCUUUCGUUCUGUGUUCAUCUCGUGUUUACCACUUUGACGGCUUUAUGCUGUUAAUAAAAUGGUUGAAUCAGCUAAAUUUGGCAGUGAGCGUUUGCAGAGGGGUGGCUGCUCCUUAUGCGUAGCAGGCUUCCCCUUGUAGUGUGUCAUCGUGAUUGUGAAGGGUUGUACUCCACAAGGAAAAGCAAUGCAGAUAAAGCGGACGCCCAGGUGGGGGUGGGGGGCAGAAGUUGUGCUCCUUCUCUCCUGCUCUGUGCAAUUAUUUGUGUGACUUGAAUGCCUGAAGUCAGUUUCAGUUGCAUGCUAAGUUAAUGGCUAUAGUCACUCAGGAUGGACAGUUGUUUUUUAAACAGUACAUUUGGAAAGGAGACAGUAAUUGAACAAAUCGUGUUUACAUUUUUUAUUUGUUUUUAAAAAAUGCAUCCGUACUUGCUUUUCCAGCAUAUCUAAUGCUACUCCUGGGAAUAAUCUAAAAAUAGCACUAGCCUAUAAUCUGCAGCAGGGGUAGGCAUUGUGGUGCCUACAGUUAUUGUAGACAUCACCUCCCAUCAACCCUGGUUGUCUCUGGCCAUUGGCAAUCCUGACUGUGGCUGAUAGGCCUUGUAGUCCAAAAGCUAUAAAAUCAUCCAUGUUGACUACCUUUGAUCUACUGUAAGCCAAUUUCAGACUGUUCAUUUUGAGUGCUUUUCCAUUUUGCAUGCAAUAAAGGUAGAUUUCGCCCUCAUUUAAAAAUGCUAAUCAGAAUGCGUAUAUGAGCACACAUAUGGUUUUCUGCUCUUACAUUUGCCCUUAUACUCUUAAAUGGAUAUAAGAAAUGUUAUUUAUAAGUAACGUAUCAGCAUGUUGACAUACCAGCCAGUUUUGGUGGAAUGCAGAUAAGCUAUAUUCUUUUUGCUUUCAUCAAUCUGUAGCCGUACUGAAUGCUUCUCAGUUCUUAAAAUAUGUGAGCAUCUUAGCACAAGCCUAAGCACACUUUGAAAUAUUCUAAUCAUCUGCUCAUUUAUACCCAAAUACACACAGGUCCCAGUUCCCAAACGCAGUGUGUUCCCGGGAAUUGUUCAUAACUCACAUAAUGAGUCCACAAUUUCCAUUGGUUCCUAUGGGAACCUUUCUAAUUGGGGAUUUGUCCAGUCUCUCCACGGUUUCUUCCUGAAACAGCUAUAGCCAACCAGCAGAAGAGACAAAGGAAGACUUAUUUAUCCGAUCUCCCCCACACACACCCUGCAUGGUUUCUUCCUGAAAAUGUCUGCCACUGGCCAGCAAAACACAAGCAAGGAAGUGGGCAAACACUGGAUGUUCAGAUACCUGAAUCUGUGGAGUGUAUUGCAAAGUUUGGGCAUAAUUCUUUGUUUGGAUAAGUGAAUUUUCACAUAGUGAGAGGGUGGGUAGCAGGACCUGCAUGUAAACACAUGUAUGAAUAACAGCAAGCUUCAGUUGUUAAAGAUAAGCAAUGUUUGUAAGAGGGACACCUUGAGCAAUUGAACAGUGCUUGACCAUGAGCCACACCUACUUUCAUAAGGGUGAGAUUAUUCCUGCUUUAAACUACCUGGAGAUCUAAAACUAAAUCAAAUCCAACCACAGUUGGAAAAGCACAGUAGAAUUUUUUUUUCUGUUGAGAUGAAAUAAACCUGUGCUAAUUUGACAUGGUUUUUAGUACAGCUGCAGAAAACAAAGCUGUUUCAUGUAGGGGUGAGUGAAUGUGACGAGGUGGUGAGAAAACAAAAGGUUAGUCAAAACCGAUGGUGGUCAGUGUACUUAGAAGUAAAUGGCCCGUCUACAGACAUGUGUGGAAGCCACUUUUGAAUUGCCCGCAAUGCUCCAAUUCAGUAACGUAGCUGUUUUUGUAACCCUCCUGCUUUCUCUCAAAAGACAGAGAAGGUAUGUUCUGGUGGCCUUAGGGAUAUAUUCCUCUACCCUGCUGCAAAAACACAGCCUUUGGUGAAGGGUGUCUCAAGCCAAGAAGGAAGCCUUCAGCCCCCCUUAGUAAAACAGACUGUAGAGACCAAAGUAGAUGCGCCCCAGGAGGAUUUCAAGCAGAAAAUUGCCGCCAUCUUGUUAAAAUAUUCCAAUGGCCUUUGGGCGAAUGCUCUCCCCAAAGUGUAUGAAGACACAUACAAAGCACCAUUACCUCAGGAUAUUCUGAAAAGUCUUGACGCCCUCUCGGAUAUAUGUUCAGUGGAUUACAUAUCUGGCAACCCCAAAAAGGCCAUUCUCUAUGCAAAGUCGAAAAAGCACACGGACGAGAACCAGAAUGUGACUGACAAAACCCACGCAAAUGAAGUUCUAGUGAGACCAGCCGAGCAGCAUCCCACCACGAUCAAGCACGAAUCCCAAGAGGAGUAUUCGGAGAACAUGACCGUGCCUCCGUUAAUUAUCCCAGCAGAAACAUCACCAUCUGUGCUGGUGGUGGAACUGAGUUCGACAAAUGAAGUUGUUGUCAGGUAAGAUUACUGUCCCGGUCUUCCCUAAUACUCCUGUAGUAGUGCAAUGGGGUUAUCUCUUCAACUGUCAGCACACCAGCCAUUCAAUUGAAGGAGAACAGAUUAAGAAAAUGAAAAAUCUAAAGAUUUACUCUGGUGUUCACUUUAAAAAUACGGUCUGGCAGGACCAUCUUGUGCAUGUCUGCUUAGAACAAAGUCUCAUUAAGUCUGUAUAAGAGUGCACAUUCCAUUUGUUAUCAACAUGUUUAAGCUUAAAAUCUCUUAACUGAACCGAGGGAGCCUUUUCUUCAUGAAAGAGUGGCCAGAAGCCAACUUCUGAGGUUAAACAUUGCAAAUGACACAAGUAUUUAAUAGUCCCUUGGUCCAGUAGGAAGUUCAUAAUAAGUAUGAACUUCCUAUUGGACCUAGGGACUAGUAAAUUUGAGGAUGUAGAUGACACAUUCCUAUAUUGUGGCAGGAUCCUCCACUGAGCCCAUAAGAGUACAAGGUUGUGUUCUUAGCCCUCAGACUAUCUAGAAUGUGUUCAAUUGUGAAAUUACUGUUAUUUAUAACUUUAACAACCAGAUAUCAUGGACAAUUCACUUGUUGAAACUUUUUUAUUCAGCAACUACCAUCUCUUCUCAACAUUUAUUGGAGCUCAAUCCCAUGCAUAUUUACUCAGAAGUAAAUUCCGCUUUGUUCAGUGGGACUUUUUUCCAAAUAAGUGUGUAUAGAAUUGUUUCCUUAGCCUUUGAGUAAGUGAUUUUGCUUGCUGUCCUCGCAUGCCCACACACUACCUUGUCAAGAUGUAGACAAAGGGUAUGAAAAGUAUAUGCAUGUAAGCUCCACGGCCAAAGCAUUGUGCAUGUAAGUUACAUAAAGGCUUUGCUUAGUUGCAGUCAAAUACGUUUUGUUAGAUCUAUCAGCUAGUAAGUACAGCAUGUGAAAGAGAAAGAGCUGCCAUUAAUUCACUUAAUUUGCACUCUCUGCCUUGGCUCUCUUUUGGGAAGAGAGGUGUCUCUUUUGAGGCGUCUGCCACAUACGGUUGAUUUGCAGUCUUGUGAUGACAGAUUGUCAUAAGCCACUCUUACCUUGGGACAAUUUGGCAUACAGUCAACCUUGGUAGUUGAAUGUAAUCUGUUCUGGAAGACCAUUCAACUUCAGAAACAUUCAGCAACUGAGGCGCGGCUUCUGAUUGAUUGCAAGAGCUUCUUGCACACAAGCGGAAGCCACGUUGGACAUUCGGGAGAUGAAACGUACGAUAAUGGAGGCAUUCAGGAACCGAGGUUUGACUGUAUCAACAAUGGAGUCCAUUACAUGCCUGUAAUGUUGCUUUUGAACACUUGGACAAAUUAUGAAUAUUGUUCUAAAAAAAAAACCAACCAGCAAUAAAAGAGUUGGUGUAAAUAUUGAGAAUAUGUGAAAUCUUUCUACUCUUUGCAGUAUAAAUAUUAAGAUCAGACUUGCAGUGAAAUUGGAUUUACACACACCUAUGCUCUCUUAUUCCUGCCAACCUAGCAGUUCAAAAGCACGUCAAAGUGCAAGUAGAUAAAUAGGUACCGCUCCGGCAGGAAGGUAAACGGCAUUUCCGUGCGCUGCUCUGGUUUCGCCAGAAGUGGCUUAGUCAUGCUGGCCACAUGACCCGGAAGCUGUACGCCGGCUCCCUCGGCCAAUAAAGCGAGAUGAGCACCGCAACCCCAGAGUCGUCCACGACUGGACUUCAGGGGUCCUUUGCUUUUUUUUUUAAUGCUCUCUUAUGUGAUUCCAUACAUUCCUGUUUCAAGAAGCAAGAAAGUUGUAGGAUGACACACUUCAGUUUAAGAGGAGAUCUAAGGCAUUAAAAAAACUCACUUGUGCACAAAAUAGCAUGUAAACUGUGCCUUAAUAGCUACACCAUGUAUAUGUAUUCCACUGUGUAAGUGUGCACUCUUAGAAUCUAGCCUCCAUGCAGCCUGCGCUAAUCUGUUUCUACACCCUUUUUGCCUUAAAAUUAUUCUGGGGAAGGGGGGAGAUGUUACAUAACGCCUUAUGUAAACACUUUUGCACUUGUUACCACUUUUGUUGUUGUGAUUUAUACCAACUAUCAUUUCUGCUUGAAAUCCCGUAGGUAUGUGGGCAAAGACUAUUCUGCUGCCCAGGAAUUAAUGGAAGAGCAGAUGAAGGAUUGGUAUGGUCGGAACCCCUCAGGUUUGCAGAUACAGUCUCCUAAAGUUGGACAGGUUGUUGCUGUGCCUGCAGUAGAAGAUGCUUGGCUGCGUGCACAGAUUACUUCGACAGACGGCAAUAGGAUAAAGGCAAGUGCAUUAGGUUUCUGGGGUAAAAAGGGUGUUAAAAUCAGAUGAAAGUGCUAGUCUCUCAGUUGAUUGCAAUAGCUGCCUUGGACACUUCUUACAAAGUGGGAAAGUAGGAUAGUAUUUGCUUAAAUAAAUAAUAAUGAUAAUGUCUCCUAAGGUUUUUUUGGGUGGGUGAGGAGUGUUAAAUUCUUCUAAGGCAAACUAAUAAUUGCAGCAUUUGAGCUCUAGCAAAUGACCAAGAACAGAGCCUUUCUGGGAGAUCUCAGCAUAGUAAUACGAUGCAGUGAUUUUUUUUGUUGGAUUACAGUUGCUCUCUUUAGAUUCAGAUGAAAAUGGAGCUGUGGAUCUUUUAUAUCUGGUCAAAAAUCCCUUGCAUCUACUGCUUCUGCUUACAAGCUUGUAGUUAGUAGUGUUUGAGAGAGGAUGGGUGGGGUCCAAUGUUCCUACUGCAGUCAGCAAAACAUUAGGGGGUUCAACUGACUCAGCCACCAGAUGUAUUUGACUUGCAUCAGUCAUGUGUAUAAAUUCAGAAACUGGCUAGGGAAGAGGAUCACUGCUUCCCUUUCAUUCCAGGAUCCCCAAUACCUGCAAAACAGGCCAGGGUGGCUGGAGUGAUGGCAAAAAACCUCUCUCUCUUGCCAGCUCUCACCUAAGAUGUUGAUGUCAACCCCCUACCCCUGAUGCACUGUUCAGUCCCUCUUGGCUUCUUUGAGCUGAGGAGCUGAACAAGGAGGGAAAUAGAGAUCAGGUCAUACAAGUGUUUGUGGAUUUUACUGACUGCAAUUCUGUCUGUAUGCGAAGAAGAAGGGAUCAGUAAGAGAGUGGCUACUGCCACAUCCUCCUUGUUCAUGGGCUCUCCCCAGCAUACUGACAAGUGGUUCUCAUCUAUACACUCGGAAACAUUAAACACUACUUGGGUGACUUGUUCUUUAUAUAUGUGGGGGAAGGCUUGUUGUGCCUCCGAUGAAGGAUUAGGAUUUCUGCAAUAAGGGCAUUUCCCUGUAUGGAUAACAUGGUAAGUGCCCUUCCAUCAGCCUCAACUGUAAGUUGCGAAUCUCCAUGUGAUUUCAUAGUAUGUAUGGCUUAGGAUGGCAGCUUCGAAUAUGAAAACAAACAUUCAAUUUUUCACUGCAUGGAGGCCUAUAAGGAGGGAUCUUGGAUAUUCAGGGCCAGAUUCAGCUAACUAGUCCCACCAGCAGAAGCCUGACUAAGGACUUCCACUAAUGAAGCAAUGCUCCCCCACCCCGUUGGCUCUGCAGGGGUCAGGAAAACCCCUGGAACAGUGCGCAGUAGGGAGGAGAGAACAAAUGGCUCUAUCAGACAAGCAUAAAUGCUUGCAUUGCUGGAGCAAAUCUAGCACUCUGCUGAAUUUCUCCCUCGGGGAUUUACAGUUAACUGCGAACUAUGGCAGGAAAAAGAACAGGGCCAACACGUUGUAGCACCAGUAAUGUGACCAAUGAAUAAGUCUUCCUUAUAUAACAUGGCUGUGUCUUUCUGUCUUUGUUCCGUCACUAGGUAUGCUACGUUGAUUAUGGCUUUAGUGAAACCAUUGAGAAUACCAGAGUGUGCAAACUAGCCAAGCAAUUCUAUUCACUGCCGUUCCAGGCUUCAAAAUGCAAACUAGCAGGUAAGAGAUGCGCCUUAGCCUUCAGCAUGACUACAGAAGCAGUUUGAACGUACUACAAACUAGGAGCAGGAAGGAAAGAAGGCUGUGCCUAACUCCAAAUAUUGCCAGCUGGGAUUGUAAAGGACUGCCCCACCUGGCAGUGCUAUCUUGCAGCUUUUAUAGUAAAGAGUGGGUGCAACAGCAUGAAGAGUGGUGGGUCUUCCCUAUGAAUAUGUUUCCUUGCAAUUUGUACUUAACUCCAGUGGAAGGUGUGUGUCUUUUUAAAAAACAAAAAACCUCUGGUAUAGUAAAGUCUCAUCUGGAUUUUUUAGACGUGCAUGUUCUUAUUUGGUGCAUUUUAACUUUGCAAACAGACAUGACAGGAAACGAUAUUAGUGUAUCCAGUGUGAUGUAGCGGUUAGAGUGUUGGACUAAGACUGGGGAGGCUUGGUUUCAAAUCCCCACUCAUCCAUGAAGCUCCCUGUGUGACUUGGGCUAAUUGUAGGUUAGCCGGAGAGAUUACAUCACAAGGUUGUUAUGAGAAUAAAAGGGGAAGGAACUGUGUAUGUUGCCUUGUGUUCACUGGAGGAAAGGCAAGAAAUAAAUGUAAUAAGUAAUGUUUUUGUUGUUGUUGUUUUUAAAAGUAAAACAUUGCACAAGAUGCAUGGGACAUUAAUGACUGCAUAGCCACUAGGAGUCUGAAAUUGGAAUUUCUUCUUUGUAUGCCUUGAAAGAGCAUUUCUCUGUUCUACAAGCAUCUUUGUGUGGUGGGGGAGAUGACAGCCCUCGUGAAGCAUAGUGUGGUUUCUGCUUUUAAAAUAUAAGCCUAUAUCCCUGCAAACAUUUUGAUGAUGUAUCAAUUACUGUGGGUAAUUUCUCACAUAUUUUGUAUAAUUCUGAUUUGCCAAGUCUGAGGAGGAAGCCUUAAGAGUACUGAAGCCCUGCCUUGUACCACUGGAAAUCUUAAUCAGCCACCUUUCUUUCUGGCUUGCAUGCCUUCAAAAGGCAUGCAAAUACAUUUUUAGAGUAGUAAGGGUUACAGAUUUGCUUAAAGCAAGGAGCUCUAAGGCGCAGGGAGACUCAGGUGAUGGUGGUAUACAUUAGAUGGACAAAAUAAGCAUCAAGAGAAAUCAGGUCCACCAAACAAGUGGAACGCUCCCCCAUUUUUGCUAUAAGCAAUGAUAGUCCAAGCAGCCAUACUGAGGCAAGAAGAUCUCUUUUGGAGAUGUCCGCAAAACCUACACUCUCCUCUUAACUGCCUUGCUUUAGGGUUAGAAGCCUUCUCGGACGACCCUGUGAUGGUGAAAGUGGUGGAGUCUCAAACCUGUGGCAAGAUAUUUGCUGUCGAAAUACUAGAGAAAAAUGACAUUCCCCUUGUCAUCCUGUACGAUACUUCAGGAGAGGAUGACAUCAACAUCAACGCUUCUUGCCUGAAGGCACUUUGCGAUAAAUCUCUUGAGCUUCGCCUUCAGGUACUGUUUUCAUCUGCUUGUAAAACCAGUAAGAUGAGUUGAGGGCACUUAAGUUGCAGCAUCCCAAAGGCAUGUUUUGUUUUUAACAGGUAGAUGCGCUCUAUACAAAUGUCCGAGUAACCAAUGUCUGUUCAGAUGGAACUUUAUACUGUCAAGUGCCAUCAAAGGGCCUGACCAAACUCUCUGAAGCUUUGCAGAAGCUGGAAAAUUACUUCCACCACAAGGUGAAUCUUGCUUUUAAUUUUGGUUGCCAACUGUACCUUCACAAAAGUCACCUAACAACCCCUUUGUUCACAAAUGAAGAAUGCUAGGGUUCCUAAUCAUUCAUUCUUGCUGAGUGAACACCACACACUUUUGCUGUUCACAUACUUACAGCUGUCGUGUCUUGAAGUAUUAAAUAUGUGCGCCAUGCAGUACUGCAUAUUUUCAUAUGUGGAAAUCCUUGUAAUGUCAGGAAAAGUAGUUCAGUCCUGAAAUCCCCGGAGCAAUUUUCAUGCUCGUGCCUUUUUACAGAUAAAUCCAGCUUGCGUUAUCCAGACUCAUAUUGCGCAAUAAAAUAGGGUUCCUCAGUAACAAUUGUUGCUUUCUUUGACUAGGCCAACUGCGCGCUAGCCGUUUCAGGACAGGUGAUCCCAUAGAGCACAGUUUCCCAAACUUGGGUCUCCAGCUGUUGCUAGACUACAACUCCCAUCAUCCCUCACUAGCAGGACCAGUGGUCGCAGAAGAUGGGACCUGUAGCCCAAAAACAGCUGGAGACCCAAGUUUGGGAAAACCUGCGAAGAGCAACCCCAGAGGCAUUUUUGUAGCACUGCAUAUGUCUAGAAAGUACAAGAUGCAUAUUUUUGGAGAUUGAUAGUGAUGCUUGUUCCUGGCUUCUCGGUGGUUCUUAAUCGUUUCUCUGGUGCUUCCCUUACCAGAGUGGAAAUCUGAAGGUAACUCAUCAAUGUGUGUGCUAGUAUUUUGGGGAAGAAAUCUAUAUAGUGGAAUUGCUGCAGGUAGGGUUAGGUAUGUUCUCCCUUUUGGUAACUUACUUGAGCUAUACUGCACUCCUUACCUGCACAUUUGGCUGCUGCAUUGUGACUACUUAAAAAGACUUUGCUUCUUUGUUCCAGCAGGUAACAGAGCAUUCGGUAUCGCUCCCCUACUGUGGCAAGAUCUGUCUCCUUAACUGUAAAGGAAAGUGGGCACGUGUGGAGGUAGGGCAUGUGGUGUCACUAACAAAUGAACUGCAAAAAAAGGUUCAAAUAUUCUAAUUCUCUGAUAUUCUAAAUGGACUACUUAUUUGUACAUUCAAUUCUAGACUAAAAUUUGGGGUUUUCGCUACCUUGUACUAUUUAAUGGGUUUAAGCAGUGCCACUGCCAUUAGUUAACAAUAAGCGCACAGUUUGUUGCUGUUUUCAUGAGCCAUUUUCUGGUGAAGCAGAAUCCUGACAGUGCCAUGGGAUGGAACACUCUCUCCCAUUUCACACAUUAUUAUAGGAAAGAGUUUUAAUUGAGUGAAAACUGCUUCAAGCUUAAGUAUUUGAGAAACUGGCAGCUAGUGAAAUAAGUAGAAUGGAACCAAAAUAAAAGCUGAAAACUAGUUGUGAAAUGUUUGCUGAUCUUUUGCUUGCUGCUUCUCAGAGAAUGCUGGUAAGUUGCUGUCUGCAAUUUAUACUGAUCGCAGCCUUGGGUUCAGUAGCUGACAUGUCCUUCACCUUCAGAUUUCUAAGAAGCUUGGUUCCUUUUCGCUGUGAAAAAAUAUAUAUAUGGGGCUCCCCACAAAGCAGGACUUGCAUAGUCUAGGCUCUGAAUGGCAAACCAGUAGAUGAUGUUGGAUUCAGCUGUGCCAGCAUCUAGAUGGGAUAGUUUUUUGUAUUGUGCCCUGGUUUUGUUUCAUUGCCUUGUAUACUUACCUAAAUGCGGCACUGUGACAUAUUUAUUUACCGUAUUUUUCGCCCUAUAGGAUGCACUUUUAGGACGAAUGCAGGCUUUCGCUGAAGCCUGGAGAGCAAGAGGGGUCGGUGCGCACCGACCCCUCUCGCUCUCUAGGCUUCAGGAAGCUAUCCCCCUAGCCCCGCAAGCUCCCAGAGCAAUAGUGAAGCUGUGCGCAGCUUUGGGAUCGCUCUGGGACCCGUUCUGGGGGCUGGGGACGGGGGAAGCUCGUGCUUCCCCCGGCCCGCCCUGCGCCUGGGGGUGGGGGGAAUAAAUUUCCCCCCUUUAUUUCCCCCCCUCCCAAAAAAACCUAGGUGCGUCCUAUGGGCCAGUGCGUCCUAUAGGGGCGAAAAAUACUGUACUUUGAAAAGAUGUUAUUGGAUUGCAGUCUGUGCCAGCCCCCAGCCUACAUGUCUGACUAGGGGAGAGUUGGAUUCACCUGGAGGGUCACAGGUUCAUUAUCCUUGGUGUGGACCACUGGCUUGAAGCUUUUUACAGUGGUGCCUCGCAAGACGAAAAGAAUCCGUUCUGUGAGUCUCUUCGUCUAGCGGUUUUUUCGUCUUGCGAAGCAAGCCCAUUGACGGAUUAGCGGAUUAGCGCUAUUAGCGGCUUUUAGCGGCUUUUAGCGGCUUAUCAGCUUAUCGGAUAAGCAGAUAAGCGGCUUAGCGGCUUAGAAAAAGGGGGGGGAAGGGGGGAAAAAACGCAGGAACUCGCAAGACAUUUUCAUCUUGCGAAGCAUGCCCAUAGGAGCUUCGUUUUGCGAAGCACCUCCGAAACGGAAAACUCUUUCAUCUAGCGAGUUUUCCGUCUUGCGAGGCAUUCGUCUUGCGGGGCACCACUGUAUCUUUCAAUGAGAAAGAGUUCUAUGCUAAUAAGAUGCUUUAAGCCCAGAGCUUUCCAAACUUUUCAAGUUGGUGAUGCACUUUUUGGACUUGCAACAUUUCACAACACAGUUUUGCAUCCUUUUGCGAUACAGUCAUUCAGUUUUAUUAGCCAACUGGAGGUUAAAUUUACCCCUUUCCAGCCCCUAGAGGAGCAUGGGCAAUGUUCACAUAACACACUGCAGCCAACACAGUAAUGUGUCGCGGCACAGUUUAGAAAGCUCUGCUUUAAAAGUCAAUCUGAAUAUGCAUUAUGCUGUCUACAGAAUUGCAGAGAUGCUGACUAAGGCCCCAGCCUCAGGGUGCCCAGCGGCAUGUGCACAUAACAUCAUGUUGCAUGCACAUGCUGCCGCUGCUCUCUGGCACCACUUCUGUGUUUCCACGACAGCGGGGAGGGGGGUGGAGCACGUCCGCGCCUGUAGUGGACCCCAACAGAGGCCCUGUGGUGGAGGCCCUGGUAAUGCUGGAGAGCCAGAAGUCAGGCAGCAGGUGAAGGCUGGGCACCCACAGCGAAAGGUUUGUGGGUGCCCAGGCACCCAGGGCCCACUGGAAUUGGCACCAGUGCAAGAUUGUCUGGUGAAUCUUAGGCGGCAUAAUGAUCCUUGGACUGCCUAAUUGCUUAAAGGACCAUUCCCACCAUGAUCUUUCAUAAUGAGCUUUCAAAGUGGGCAUAUUUCCUUUUAGACCAGGGCUGCUAACCUGGCCUGAUUCAGCCCACCCAAACAGAUUUUUAUGGCCCCCAAGACCCCACUGGUUUUGUUGGUAAAGCGAUGGGGAAGUAGUGUGUGUGUUUGGCCUCUGUGUGUGCAUGUAAGAAUGUACAUGCGGCAGUGUUGGGUGACCACACCGUUGCAUGCAGCCUCUGGAAGGGUGGCCGAGGAUGAAUGCAACCCUCAGACCCAAAAUGGUCAGCCACUGUUACUUCAUACAGGCUGGAUUCAGUUCAGCAGGGAUUUCCCACUGCACUCCCCCAAAAUUGGCUCCGGGGGGGUAUACCCUCAGAAGGGUAUGCCAGGGAAGAGAAGGAUAACCUUAGCACAACACUGAAUUCCACUCUGUGUUAAAAUAGGUUUCUCUAUUCUCGUAUUUUGCUUCGUUUCCUUGACGCAGAUAACCAGUGUUCAUAGUAGCCGGGCUCUUGACGUUCAGUUUAUGGAUACUGGAACAGUAGCAUCUGUAAAAGUAGUAGAGCUAAGAGAGAUUCCCCCGACGUUUCUGCGUGAAGUCAUUGCAAUACCACCUCAGGUAUGAAUUUUUGUUAAUCGCUUACUGUUCCCAGGAGCUUGCUGUGUAGACAUCAUCCGUGUUACUCACGUGCAUUUCAGUGUAACCUGAAUAUCAUUGUAAUUAUAUUGUAUGAUCGUUUUAGGCAACAAAAUGCUGCUUGGCUGACCUUCCUCUUAAUAUUGGCAUGUGGACUCCAGAUGCUGUGCUUUGGCUGAGAGACACAGUAUUAAAUUGUCCUGACUGCAGCAUUAAGGUAAAAAUACGCCUGUUCGUUGCUUAAAAUUCAAGGUGCAGGAUGUUCUUGAAUGUCUCUUGCAAAGCCAAACUGUACCACUCUUAGUUCAUGUGCUUUGCUAGUUGCAGUCAUAAAUGAAGGACGUUGAUUGAUGAACAGUUCCUUUUUGUAGCCACCAUAUCUCCAUAUGAUAUUGUCAUGUACAGCUAACCCACAGGUCUUCAUGAGAGCAGGAGGAAUUGUGAUAAUGUAACAAUUACAUUUACAAUAUGAUUCUGCUGCAGAUAUAUUUUUUUUGAAGCAAAGUGUUAACCAUAGAUGUGCUCUAAGGGUUACCAGAGUCCAUAUUUUUCUCUGUUAAAAGCAGAGCAGCAGACUUAGGUUGGAGCAGUGCAGUCCUUGGCUUCUUCCUUUUUGCUGAUUUGAGAAUUUCCCCAGAAUUUUUGCACACCUUUUGUUCUCUUUGUGAACGUGCUUUCCUCCUGGGCACCUGAGUGUUUUCCUUCACACCCUUGUAAUACUGUUUUCAAAUUGAGGAUGUUGACAUCAUGAUGUAGGGGAGCCCUAACACUGAGGUUCUCAACUACCUGUCGAAAGAAAUUUAUCUUUCAGGAAACAUGCUUACAGUGAUCAGAUUUAAUUUUUCUGUCCCUGUAUUAUUAUUUUAAAGUGUUGCCAUGCAACACACUUCCAUCUCAUCCUAGAUUUCAGUACCAUGGCGGGUGUAAUGAAAGCUAACUUAGAAAGUAUAGUUUUGACUUGGAAGCUUAGAACAGUAGUAAAGACUGAGCUCUGGGCCAGAAAGUCCUGGGAUUAAAUCUCACCACUUGCCACAUUCUCUCUAGCUGCCCUGUCUUCUUUAAGUCUUCACCCUGUUCCACCUGCAAUAUGGGGAUACUACUGAAUUGCACAGAAUUUAUUUAAGGUUUUCUGAGAAUAGAUAUAGCACAUUUUGAACACUCAAGUGACCUGUGACCUGUCUCCUCCUCGGAGCUCCUUUUCCCUCCUACUCCUGCAUAUGUUACUGUUGACAGAGGUUUGCUGCUUCAGUUACUCUCUGGCUGUGCUUACCAGUGAAUAAAACUAAGAUCCGGGUGAAUGAGUGUGUAUUACUUUCUGGUCAGUGAAUGAUCUUCACAGACUCUCUGGGAAGGUAAUCACAGUCUGCAAGAACCAAAUACAAGCAGCGCUACACUGUUUGCUGUGUACAGUCAAACCUUGGUUGUUGGACGUAAUCCGUUCUGGAAGCCCAUUCGACUUCCGAAACGUCUAGCAAGCAAGGCGCAGCUUACGAUUGGUUGCAGGAGCUUACUGCACUCAAGCAGAAGCCGCGUCGGACAUUCAGCUUCAGAAAAACUUUCGAAAACCGGAGUAUUCCGGGUUUUCAGCGUUCGGCAGCCAAAUUGUUCCAAAACGGAGGCGUUUGGGAUCCGAGGUUUGACUGUACUUUGGGAGUUCCUCAUUGGUCUUGAUUCUGGUGUUAUAUGAGAGGGAAUUUUCCAUUUUGUCUUGAGGUUAUGUUAAGAAGAGAAAAGGCAUUGGCUUCAAAAUGCUUCCCUGAGCAAAUGAUUUGAUAAACCAGGGAUCUGGUGUUGGGGUAAAAACUGGUAUCUUACUCUGCUGCUCACUGGACUGUGUUUUUUCUGUUUUCCAGCCUAUUUUAAUGGGGCACUACUACUACUACUACUAAUAAUAAUAAUAGUAAUAAUUUAUACCUCGCCCAUCAGACUGAGUUGUCCCAGUCACUCUGGGUUGCUUCCACAAAAAUACAAAUAAAACAAAGCAAAGAGGGAAACAAUCAAACAUUAAAAGCUUCGUGAAGCAGGGCUGCCUUCAGAUAUAUACGAAAUUUUAUAUAGUUGCUUAACUCUUUGAUAUCUGCUGGGAGGGCAUUCCACAGGGUGGGUGUGACUACUGAAAAAGCCUUCUGCCUGGUUCCCUGUAACUUCACUUCUCGCAGAGAGGGAAACGCCCGAAGGCCUUUGGAGUUGGACCUCAGUGUCCUGGCUGAAUGAUGAGGGUGGAGACUCUCCUUCAGGAAAGUGAUGUCUCAGUAGACUUUAAAUUUACUGUGGUCAAUAUUAGAACCCCUGUUAUAGCAUUUAUCUAACAAUGUACGUUUGUAUGCCAUACCAGUACUGUCAAAUCAUUGGGAGAGCUGAGCGGUGGGAGGGUUCUGAGCACUAUAUUUACUGUAAUGCAAGGGUGGCUAACCCAAACGCUUGUCUUCCUUGACCAUUGGGCAUGCUGGUUGGGAGUGAUGGAAUUGGGAAUCUAGCAAUAUCUGGAAGGCCACAGGUUCAGUUAAGAAAUAAUAUUAAGUUCCCUUUUUUUAUUGUAAGUUGCUUUGAGUAUUUUAAAGAGAAGAAGAGUUACAUAAACUUGAUGUGUGUUUAGUAGUAGUACUUUCUCGUUUGAUGGCCUACUCUUGGUGACGUUUCUAAUGGUGCCAAGAGUUCAUGCGUUAACAUUUUCCUGCCACUGUUUUGAGUAAGAGUAAAUUUGCUAGUAGGAAUGUACUUUCUCUUUCUUCCCUCCUCCACUCUUAAGGUGGUUAAACUGGAUGACAGGAUUGCACACGUCUAUUUAUUUACGCCAAAGAGCUUUCCAGACCCAGACCAUAGUAUUAACAGGCGGAUCACUAACGCAGACUUGUGGAAGCAUCAGAAGGACGUCUUCUUGAGUGCCUUUCCUGGUAGCUCCCUCCCUGCAAAGGGGGAAACGAACUUACCAGAGACAGCAAGCUCAGGUGCCAAGAAGGGUUUUGCUCCACGUGCUCCAGAGGCCAGCAGUGCUGGGACAGCCUUGACUAUGCCUCCGCCUUUGCCGUUGCCAAAACCCCAGGAGCAGAUGGAUGUGUUCGUCACCUUGGCCUGCCAUCCUGGUUACUUUGUCCUCCAGCCUUGGCAAGAGAUGCACAACCUGGAAGUACUGAUGGAAGAGAUGCUUUUAUACUACGGCAAAGCAGAUGAGGGAACUACCGCCGUUGAAAAAAACAAACUCUAUGCUGCUAAAGUGAAAAACAUGUAAGUAGCUUUUCAUCAAUGGCACACGAGUGAAGUGGCCUGGAUGCAACCCUGCGUACUUAAGGAUCUCAGAGCAGUCUUUGUGUAUUGGACCCAAUCCCAUCGGUUUAGACCAGCCUUUCUUGGGCCCAGUGGCCAGGAAUGAUGGGAGUUGUAGCUCAAGGGCACCUUGGCACCGAAGGUUGAGAAAGGCUGGUCUCAACAGUGGCUAACCAAAUCUCUCUGGGAUGCUCGCAUCCCUACCUCUCCCCUACUGCUUGUCCUCAGCGUUUGCAGUCUAGUGGUAUAUUGGCCCAUAGCAUUUAGCUCUGUUGGUUCAAGUUCCAUCCUCCUCUCUCUUUCUGCAUCAGUUUCCCUCUGCUGAAGACCUUGGUGCAUCUUUGCCCCUACUAAUUUCUGACUCCUACAUGUUAUUUCCUCUUGGGGGGCCAUAACAUUGUGGACAAAUAUCUGUGUACCUUUUCACCAAUAACGUAUGGAGAGGGAGGGGGAAGGAAGGAAACACACAUCGGUAUGUUGAGGAAUAUAUACAGUGGUACCUUGGACGCUGGACGCCUUGGCUCCCAAACGAUCGAAACCCAGAAGUGUGUGUUCCGGUUUUCGAAUGAUUUUCGGAAGCCGAAAGUCCGGCGCAGCUUCUCAUUGGCUGCAAGAGUGACCUGCAGCCAAUCAGAAGCUGCACUUUGGUUUUUGAACGGUUCUGGGAGUCGAACAGACUCCCGGAAUGCAUUCUGUUCAAAAUCCAUGGUACGGCUACACACACACACACACACACUUUUUCUAUAAUUUCAGUUAAACAAAUUAAAGUGAAAAAAUAAGAAAGGAAUAAAAAAGGGUAUUAAAAUACAAAAAGAAAGGGGAAACGCUAUAAUUCUGUACAUACUUGUCUAAUACAAAGGUAUAUAAGUGAAAUUCUUUUAAUACAUGUAACAUUUAUUUAUAAGAUACUAUCUUUUUAUAAAUGCAUUACAAAUACCAUUAUAUUUGUCCAUAUACAAUCUGUUGUUGUUAUUAAGAUUUGUAAACUGCCCUAUACCUGUAAUCUCAGGGCGGUUUACCACAUAAAAUGACUAUAUAUAUAUAUAUAUAAUACAUAAUAAAAAUAAGAACAAAAAAACCCCAAUAAUUGGGACAUUCUCUCGCUCUCAAUUCCCUUCCCCAAAACAUGCAGCAUUGCUAAAUUGGAGAUUUUGGGGAAGGGAAUUGUGAGCUGGGGGAAGAACAGUUGGCUUGGCGGUGACCUUGAAGAGUGGCAUUGCCAGCAGACAGAAGUUCUGCAGGAGUUGUGUGUCGGGGGGGUGUUUUUUAACGGUGCAGUGGGGAGAAGGAAACUACAGCGGCUCAGAGUGCCAGGCAGUAGCGGACCUGGAAGGCGAAUAAAGCACCAACUGAAGCAAAAACCCUGAAACAGAAAGAAAAGUACCCUCACUUUUUAGGAGGGAAAAAGUGAGUCUUAUAGAGCAAAAAAAUACGGUACUUGCUGAGCCAACCUGGCCAUAUACCUGGUGGGGAAGAGGAAACUCUCUUCCUCAAGGUGGGGCAAAUACUUCCCUUCUGGGCGAGAAAAGCGAGACUGAAGGGGUUUGACUUCCUGAAGCCACAAAAGAGGUUCUUAAACAGCAGGAAUAAAUUAAUACAUGCUUGUAGGGUGCAUUCUAGGGGGUGCAAGCAGCCAUUCAGACGUCAGAAUGGAGCGAGAGGGGCCUGUCCCUAUCAUAGUGGGGUUACCUGGCUUUAUACGAGGAUCCCAUGUGACACUUUGUCCCUGCUUUUAAUUAAAAUCAGGGCCCCUCUGUCUUAGAAAGCUCCUGUUUGUCCUCUGCGUGUGACGGGUAUCAUAGCAACUCUUGAUUUGUGUGAUUUAAAAAAGGCACUUAACUAUAUUAAUAGUAAUUGAUUACUUAUAACCCGCCCAUCUGACUGGGUUGCCACAGCCACUCUGGACGGCUUCCAAUGUAAUAUAAAAACACGGUAAAACUAGCAGUGAUGGUAAACUUCUGUCCAUGUUACUGGACACUUUAUCUUAAAUGCUUUGUGUCUGUACACUCUCCAAACGCCUCCUUUGUUUCUUAGGUGGCACAGAGUGCUAAUAAGAGGAAUGUUGGCCAAUGGGCUGGUGUCCGUUUAUGAGCUGGACUAUGGUAAACAUGAGCUUGUUGGCAUCCAGAAUGUAAAGCCUCUGCAGGAUAUGUUCAGAAAACUGCCAUUUCAGGCCAUAACAGCCCAGCUUGCAGGUAGGUGAUCUAUCGUCCAAAACCGGUUUGAAGUCCAUAUCCUGAUAUUAGUUUCAUGGGUUUUUUUGACCUGACAAUAUAACGCAAAUCAUGAUGUAUGUAAGGGCUGGGCGAAAUAUCAUCCAUAACCAGUUGAAGUCCAUAUUGUGAUACCGGUUUCAAAUUUUUUUAUCGGGCAGUAUAUUUCAAAUCAUGGUGGGAGGGUGUGUGCUAUGCAAAAAUGACAAUGGGGGAAAACUGUGAAGUCAGCCAAUGCCUCUACAUAGCUCCAUCCUUGUUGCAGACAAUGUUACAUAUCAUAAUUUUUAGCUGGUGAGAUAUCGCAAUCCUGUAACCAGAUAUUGCCCAGCCCUAGUAGAUGAUUGAGAUGAUGGUCAUGGAUGUAAUUAAAACUACAACACCCCUAAUCUGAGUAUAGUAAAUAACAUUUGGUUCUGGGAAGUUAAUGAAACUUCACCAUCUGCCUUGAAAUAAUCCCAAAUUGGUAUACUAUAAAUAAUGUUUUAACACUUAAAGAAGCAAUUUUUGCUCUUCCGUCAAAAUGUAUGUUCAGUAGGACUGUCUGCUGUAUGACAUUCUGAAAAGUCAUAGCUAUGUUACCGUCUUAUGAGACGUGUAGCUGGUUCAGCCAAGCUUCUUGUUGUUGUUGUUGUUUAUUUUAAUAAUAAUUAUAUUAUUACUAAUGUAGGCUCAGAUUAAGUAAAAUGAUGAGGUGUAGUUAUACAGUGGUACCUCGCAAGACGAAUGCCUCGCAAGACGAAAGAGUUUUCUGUUUUUUGAGUCGUUCCGCAAGACGAAUUUCCCUAUGGGCUUGCUUCGCAAGACGAAACGUCUUGCGAGUUCUUGCGAGUUUGUUUCCUUUUUCUUAAAGCCGCUAAGCCGUUAAUAGCCGCUAAGCCGCUAAUAGCCGUGCUUCGCAAGACAAAAAAACCGCAAGACGAAGAGACUCGCGGAACGGAUUAAUUUCGUCUUGCGAGGCACCACUGUAUAGAAAAUCUGUGACUGACAGCAAAGCCGUAAUUGACUGCUUUCAAACUCUCCAGAUCAUGAGCUUUCAAAUGGCUUGCUGCCUAGACAGGUCCAGUAGCUUUCAACUUACGCCACUGUUCUGUGGCUACAUGUUAACUUGCUUUUGUGCUGCUUUCCUCUAGGAACAGAGGGCAAGCAGUGGUCUGAGGAGGCCUCAGUAGUCUUCCGAAAUCAUGUUGAGAAGAAAGCUUUGGUAGCGCAGGUGCAAGCAGUUAUUGACGGGGCUAAUCCAUGGGAGCGCAAAGCUGUCGUCUACUUAGUUGACACAUCACAACCGGACACAGAUAUCUGGAUUCAUGAUAUUAUGACCCAAUAUUGUAUGGAGAUUUCAAAGGCAAAUUAA